CUCUCGGAGAGGGGAAGGCGGGCUCUCUGUUCGCGGGAGCCCCGGGGCUGCUUUCCUCCUCCUCCUGGAGAUUAUUCCAUAUUAGCUGCAGGAAAGGAGGAAUGCAGCAGCAGCAGCAGCGACGGACUUCUGGGGAGAUGAAUGCGGAGAAGGAGGGUGUGUUGCUGGAGCUGGAGGAAGAUGACGAGGAAGAAGAGGGGGAGGAAGAAGAAGAUGGGGAGAUAGGUGAGUAAGGAGGAGUGUGUGUGUGUGUGUGUGUGUGUGUGUGUGUGUCGACACGUGUACAUUCCGUGCAUUUAAAGCGUCCCCCUCCAGGAAAAAGAAUGUUGGGAACUGUAGUUUUACCCCACGCCGAGCUACAAUUCCCAGCAAGCUACAGAUCCCAGGGGAGAGGCGUGCUUGAAAUAUGCUUGAAAUGAGACGGUGGAGGAAGCGCGUCUCAGUUACAGCACUUUCGAGCUAAGGCGACCGAGCUUGCUUUGCAACAGGGAGAGUUGAAUCGCGUCUUAAAAAUCUCUCCCCAAAGUGAGAGAGAGGAAAGGGUGGGUUCCCGUUUCAUUGGCUGCCCUUUGAUUCACCCUUUUUCGUUUUUAAAACGGCGUGUCAACAGCUUGGACAGUGGCGCAGGCAUCACAAAGUUAACGCGGAAAGUUUGGCUUCGCUAUUCUUUCCAGCUCCUUUGCAGGCCGUUCCGCGGAGUUAUUUGGCUUGCGCCAGUCAGCUGGGUCUGAUAGUGUCCUGUGCCUGGGGGGGAAAGUCUUCUUUCUAAUGCUGAAUUGAAAGACCUCGCCGUUAUUCUCUCCCCAAUGCUAGUCUCGCUCCCCUCCGUGCUUCCAAAAUGCUGAUCUGAGAUUUGAACGGAACAUCCGCAAAGAAAACUGACGGCGAUGGGCGUUUUGAUGGGCUUGGGAAAGAAUGCAGUGUUGUUCCGGAAUCUUUGGUUGUUGCUUUUUUAUUUUUGUCUGGGAGUUGAAAGUUCAGUGAUCAUUUGUCACUUUUCCAGAUAAAUGUGAAUCAGAAAAGACGGAAGAAUAAGCUGGGAGGAUAAAUGAGACCUAAAGGCAUGGUUGUGUGUGUUUGUUUUUUGCAACAGAUGAUCUGGAAAUACUCAAUAGCGCCACCUUUCUCCCCGUGCGAAAGGCAAUUCUUUAAAAUACUGCUAGGAUAUAUAAGUUGAGGGUAACAAUCCAGCAAAAGUCUCGACCAAGGCUGUAGUUCUCCUAACCCCACCUCCCUGGGAGUAAGCCCUACUGAAUCCAACGGGACUUACUUCUGAGUAGAUGGGCUGCAGACCUGACUAUGGCUCCAUUUAAAGCACAUCUCCCACCCCCUAGAAUCAAGGAAACUGUAGUUUACCCCUCACGGAGCUAUAAUUCCCAGCACCCUUAGCUACAAUUUCCAGGAUUUUUGGAGGAAAACGUUCUCUAAAUGUAUGGUGUACAUACAGGCUGCAAGUCCCAUUGAAAUAAAAAAGAUUUAGGUUAGUCACAAACCCUCUGCUGCUGUUUUAAAUAACUAUAUCAGCAAAUAAAACUAUAAAAUGUGUACUUUAUUAAAUCUAAGCUGUCCUGUUCUGGAAAAGGACAUGGAAGUAAGUUUAGCAAAGAAGUAACAUACAGGAACUGACAGUAGGAGAAAGAUGCAGUUUGCUGUAGUGAUGGAGCCAGCAUUCCACUGUAGGUCCAGUGGGGAACACAAUCUCUUGGGUUGCUGCAUUAAAAGCCACCCCCUGUGUCUCACUUGGACCUCACUGCUGGCAUCAGCAUGAGAGAAGUAGCGGUUCUGCUUUCCCAGUUUUGCCAUGCCUUAAUUUGACUGCCAAAGCAUGAGAGAAGAGGCAUGAUGAGUAGUAAAAAAAUGUAUUCUCUGUCUGUAAGGGGGAAAGUAGUUAACUGUCUCUCACAGAUAAAACAUAAGAGGGCUGUUUGCUUGAUUUUUUAAAUCAACUGUCUUUUCAUACAACCUGGGAGUUGGAUUGCAGCCUAAGUCAUGCUUAAGAGUGAACCCAUUGAAACCAAAGCGACUAAUUUAGGCUCCACUGAUUUCAAAGGGUCUGGUUUAAGGAUUACCAAGUGUGAAGUCCAUUUCAAUGGGCUUGUUCUAAGCACGACUUAGGCUGCAGUCCAAACCCUUAUAUGCCAAGCUAAUGCCAUUUGGCACUGGGUCUGAUCUGGGCCCGGUCACUGUGCCAGCCUGGCACUGCCUACCCUCCCCACAACCUGCAUUCCCUUCCCACUUUCCUUUGCUGUCAACCAUGAGUGGCAAGACUGCUGGAGCUAGGAUUGCUCUGCCUGUGUGGAUUCAACCCUUGCUGCUGCAGGUGACAUAUGAUUAAUGAAGAGCAAAUGAACAGAACAAUGACAAAACAGUCUAUUAAAGCUGCGUAAAGUCUAUGACUCACCAAAGAGACAAAACAGUACCAAUUGAAGGUUGCAUUGAUCAACCAUAACCAAUUAUACUCCAUGUUAAAAUUCCAUUUGCUGCCAUCAAAGGUGAUACAAAGAGGGACUCAUCCAGGUGCCACAAAAGAGAAACUAGCAGAGUACCACUCCGAAACAACCUCUGAGGCACAUUCACCAUACCCUCAUAAAUAGGCAGAGGCCGCAUUCAGAUGUACGGCUAAAUCCUUGUUUAACAUUACAUAAAUGAGCCUAGCCUCUUCCUGUGCUUGUAAGCUAUUCCUUCUCCUCCUUGUGGCUUCCCACAUGCCUAAGAAGAGGAAUUUGGAAGCUUUUGCUUUCCCUUAACUGUGGUUUAUAACUUUCCAGCCUUAGUUACAAAUGUUUCUUUCCCAUAAAAUUGUCACAAAAAUUGCUUUUUGUAAUUUAGUACACAAAAAAAUGUUACUCCAAUCUUCUCCUUCUACUUUGUAAAACGAACCUGGCAUUUAACUCUUCUAAAUUAUAGUGCAGGUCUGUCUACGUAAUUGACACGAGUCUUCCUUGCAAUCAUGAAACCGUUUACUUCUGCCUAAGUUGUCAACGGAAAUAAAACGAAGCAAAGACAACAAACAACUGAUGUGUGUGAUAUUUGCCGGUGAUGCAUGGAAUCAGAAGAGACUGGGUAUUAGGAGCUGUUCAGAUUUAUCAAAGGGAUAGUGUGUGAAUUAUUUAUCAUCUUUGUUUCAAAUUCUAACAAGGCAAAAGUCAAUAGACAUGUGAUUGUAUCUAUUGCCAUUUGUAUUAUGCUUAGGUCAAGUACCGUUAUUUGUUGAAAUGUAGCAAAAUUAUAUAAGCAACUAUCAUUGGUGUUCAGGAAGUCUUGUAGUUUAUCUGUGUCAAACGUAAGUCUUGGUAAAUGUCAACACAAUUUUUUUUUAAGUGAGAUUGAAUGUGUAAGCAAUCAACCUGGUUUUUAAAAGACUUCAGGUACUUGGAAGUUCACAUGAGCAAGUUCAUUUUCCAUAGCCUCUGAAAUAAAUUUAUUGCCUUUGUAUGUUCAUUACAUUUCUGCUCAUUCUGAUCAUUGACCCUAAUCAAACUGAAGUUGAUUAAUAGGGUGGGAGUUAGGUUUUAGUGUGUGUUCAGUUCAGGCUCUAUACAGCAUGGGUAGGCAAACUAAGGCGCGGGGGCCGAAUCCAGCCCAAUCACCUUCUAAAUCCGGCCCGCGGACGGUUCGGGAAUUAGCAUGUUUUUACAUGAGUAGAAUGUGUCCUUUUAUUUAAAAUGCACCUCUGGGUUAUUUGUGGGGCCUGCCUGGUGUUUUUACAUGAGUAGAAUGUGUGCUUUUAUUUAAAAUGCAUCUCUGGGUUAUUUGUGGGGCGUAGGAAUUUGUUCACUUAAAAAAAAAAAAUAGUCUGGCCCCCCACAAGGUCUGAGGGACAGUGGACCUGCCCUCUGCUGAAAAAGUUUGCUGACCCCUGCUAUAGAGAGAUCAGGGAAAUGUAAAAAUGAAACAGAGCUACAGUAUGUUUCAGGAACUAAGUUGGCAUGGCAUCACUUCCUUCUUUGUGGGUUGAGUCAGUCUUCUGGUUUUAUAAUCGAAUCAAGCUGUCUUCUUAAAAACUGUCUAUAGAGAGAAAGUGAACUCAUGGACAUUUUGUUACUUGUUUAUUUCUAAAAUGUCUAUGCUACCCUUCUGCAUUGCUACAUUGCUUUCUCAACUGCUGUUGUUGUUGAAUCUAUAACAUCAACCUGUGCUGGAGGUUGUACUCCAGGAUGUAAUCCAGAAAGAAAGUGUCCCAUUAAAAUCAGUGUCUUUGAAUGCAUGUUUGCAACCAGGCAAACUGAUACUUUCUUUCCCUCAACUUGUCAUGGGCUGGUUGGACACAAAGGAAUGGUGGGAGGAACCAGCUGUGGAACCACCAAGGCAAGAAAGCUCAGAGCCCAGGGAGUGAUGGUGAGACAGUGAUGAGAGGUCAGAGGGAGAAGACUGGAAAGAGGAUGUGUCAGAAGCAGAAGCAGAAGCAGGGCUUAGUGAACAGGGAGAGUCUGUGGCAGAGAGGUCAAGAACUGGAAGCUGAAGUUGUUGUUGUUGUUGUUGUUUAGUCGUGUCCGACUCUUCGUGACCCCAUGGACCAGAGCACGCCAGACACUCCUGUCUUCCACUGCCUCCUGCAGUUUGGUCAAACUCAUGCUGGUAGCUUCGAGAACACUAUCCAACCAUCUCGUCCUCUGUCGUCCCCUUCUCCUUGUGCCCUCCAUCUUUCCCAGCAUCAGGGUCUUUUCCAGGGAGUCUUCUCUUCUCACGAGGUGGCCAAAGUAUUGGAGUCUCAGCUUCAUGAUCUGUCCUUCCAGUGAGCACUCAGGGCUGAUUUCCUUCAGAAUGGAUAGGUUUGAUCUUCUUGCAGUCCAUGGAAGCUGAACUUAGUGAGGUCAAAUUGAAAUUAGAGGCAGAGAUAAGUCAGGCUGGUGAAAAGUCAUGGUUGUUUCCUCCUGCCGCUGUGACAGGCUCCCUCCCAGAACCAGGAGAGGCAUGAAAAGGUCAAGGAGAGUUUGGCUGUACACAAACACACAGUCUCCAAUUGCUUGGGGAAAGCCCUGGAGAGGAGGAGACAUAGACAGCUGUGGGAAGGUGGGGACCUUUAGUCUUGGCAACUGAUUUCCUGGAAGAAGACCCACCCGGAAUAAGUUGCUGCUCAUUAGGCCUGACACUCAGAAAAGUCUGUGGAGAUUGUGUUUUUGCUCAUCAAGUGUUAACUCCAACUUUGGACGGUGUGAUUACUGACCACCACACCCUGUGACAUAACUGUAGCUGUUGUUGCUCAAGAAAAGUUUUGUGCCUUGUCAUGGAAGGCUUAGUGCACAUACCAGAAAGAAGAAAAACUAGGCAAGUUUUGUCUCCCUCCGAAAAGAACGGCAACAGAAAACUUCUGGCUCCGUGUGUGUGUGUGUGUGUCCAGUUGCCACCUGGUGGCUAAAUCAUAUAAUGACACUAUCCACCUGUACUGCAGUAACAGUGGAAUGCCAUGCAAAGCAAGUAGGGCCUAGAUUAAGCUAGAUCUCUAGCUUUCAUGUGGCUUACUAUAAGGAGAACCCCAUCACUACUGCUCUUGGCACAAGGCUGCCUGGCAUUAAAAACUCAGAGCCACAAAACUGCAUGACAGGUACUUCAUUAGGAUGGAACAUUGCCCCAUUCUCCACGCCUCCUAUUCCCUAAUAUAGCCAUUGACCAGUGUCUCUAUGAUGCUAUUGUGCAAUGCUGAUUGGUACUCCUGCUUGGCAAAGGCACAGGGACUGCUGAAAUGAGUGGAACGGUAGAAUUAUUCCUUUAUUCCCAAGGAAGAAUGUCAAAUAAUUGUGGCUCAUGUGGAAAGGAAAAUGGAAAAGUUAAGGAACAACAGCAAAAAAUCAAUAAUGAAUUCUGUUGUGAUGUCUAUCGUUCUGAAAUUUGUGUAAAAAUGUAUAUAAGACUUACCCCUUACCAUCUUAGGGCCCAACCAGAUGAGAUGAUGGACAUCAGUGGUAGUGAUGCUUUCUUCAAAGCUUCAAAGCAGCCAUUGGUUGGGGAAGCGAUUGAAUCAGGCCUGUGGUGCUAGUUAAUUGAAGUUGCUGUUAGUUCUGCAGGGCAGGAGUGGGAGAUAGAGAUACCUCUAAUAGGGGAUGUUAUGAGCAUUUGAGCAGGACUAAAGCGAGUACAAGUGGCUUUCUCUCUCCCUGCCCCAAGGCUCAAAAUUUAUCUUGCUGAUCAUAUUUUUAAAAUUCUUACUAUAAUUUAACAAGUACCUGGUUGUACAGUAUUUUUUUCCUAUACAAGUUCCAGUGAAAUAGAUCGUUCCUAGAUCGUUCCAGUUAAAUAAAAAUCUUCACUUGUUGACCUGAGUUGAGGUUCUGGUUGAAUGAGGAAUGCCACAUUUUUAACAAGUGGGAAAAGAUUUAUGUCUGAACACUUAUUUUAAUUUCCCAAGCUUCUAGGCUCCAGAAUUCUGGGUUACUUGGCAAAAUACAUUCUAGCUUCUCUGGGAUAGAAAUCUAAUAAUUUGCCACCCUCCUAAAUUAUUUAUUCAGCGACUGUACAGGUGCAAUAAAAAAAUGAUCCAUUAUCCGUAACAUAAAUUUAUUUUACAAGCAAUUGCUAACUUCUUUAGUAUACUCCUAGGAGUUUUUGUGUGUGAAAUAUGACACCCAUAACAUUAGGAUGCAGCAGAGCAUCUUCUUCAGUUACCUAGGAUAGUUUAAGUCAUGUUGUUUUCCUGGUUUUGCUCUAUCUCUUAGAUAUUUUUAUGUACGUGGCCUUCUUCAAGAAAACACCCAUUUAGAAUUCCUUUCUCCGUGACUUUUCUGAAACUACUCAGUAUGUUGUUUUACAUGAUAAAACUAAACCAGUCCAAACUGUAUUCCCUUCCAGUUAUUUGUUUUCUUCAUGUUCAUACUAAAGAAAGUUAUUUCUUCUACUAUCUAACUGUCAAGGAGGUGGAUACGCAACUAGUCAGCUAGAGAGUAAAGAUAAGAUAUUUCUAGAAUUGUUGCCUUCCUUACAAGCAGAAAGUGGGACAUCAAACUUUCCACACACAAAAAGGCAAAAAGUGCCACAUUUUGAAGAACUGGACAUGUUAUCCUAUCGGAUUGCACUUCCCACCUUUCUUCCAAGGAGUUCAGGGUAACGUACAUGGUUCUUAUCCUUUCCAACCCUGUGAGGCAAGUUAGGAGGAGACAGAAAUAGCCAACAUAUGCCCUCCAGAUAUUGCCAGAUUAAACUCCCAUCAACCCCAACCAUUGGUUAUCCUGGCUGGAGCUUGAUAACAUCUGGAGGAACAAUACUAGCUACCUUUGGACUGAGACAUAGUGACUGGCCCAAGUUCUCCCAGCAAGCAGCAGUCUCAGGACCAAUUCAUGUCUGGAACUGCUUUUCUACAUGGUUUGGUCCAUUCCAAUACUUGAAUCCAAGAAGUAGUGCUGUGCCAAAACCUAUGCCAUCCCCAGCAUGCUUUAGAAUUGCUUUAGUAUAUAGGUGAGUGCAAAAUCGAGCUUACUAUAUCAUUGCAAGGUGGCCAAGGGUGUUGCGUGUGUCUCCCACCAUCCCAUUAAAUAUUUCUCCAGCACUCCACAACUUCCCUGCCUCUCCAAACUCCCUAGUAUUAAAAAAAGCCUCAUGGUAGUCUUUAUCUAGUGAUGGGCUUUAACUAAAGUGCAGGGAACUUAGUAGGCUGUCAGGGUAUAUUCCAGACAGGAAGCCAAGGAUUUGGGAAGGCUGCAGAUUGAAGAACAUCAAAGAGAUGAUUUAUAGAAUGAGAGAGAGGAUACUCACAACCUGUGAAUCUGUGUCGAAAGUAAAGUAAAUGUGGAUGACAAAUCCACCAAGUUUUCCCUCCCCUUUGAUAAUUUUCAAAUGUAAUUUCUUUUCUCAGUAAUUGAUGGAGAAUAGUCACAAAAAAUAUUGGAAGAAAUAUUUGGCACACUACUAUUGGGCUGUACUCCAACAACACCUGGAAGGCCACAGGUUAGCCUUUUCUGGUCUACACCUAAACUCCCUAUUCUUACUAGUGUUCAGAUAAUUGAGGUCCAGGCUAUAUUUGAGUUGAUGUAAUCUAAAUCAAGAGAAAAGUUAGCUAGGGCUAGUCAGCUUCUGUGGCCAAUUCUCCAUUCUUCAUCUGCAUUUGCUCUCUGCCUUAAUUCUUUUGUUUAAUCAAAUCCAACUUUUCUCCAGAAGCAGCACAGGGAUAUUUUGAAGAUAAAUACAUUAAAGGCUCUGGUUACUAUAGCAAUUGUGGGGGGCAAGAAGAAACAAAUUGUACUAAUGAUCCAAAUUGUCUUUAUUACCCAUCUCCCUCCAUAAGACCAGACCUUCCUUAUAUGCCCCACUGGCAAAAUCUAAUAUGUAUUUUGGCAAGCAGCCUUGUCUGCUUUAGUUCUCAAGCAACUUAUCUCAUACUAAUUAAGAUUCUGAAUAGAAGAUUCAUCUUUUUCCUCUAGCCUAUAGUUUUAUGAUAAUAUAUUUAUAUCCUGCACAUAGGCCCGCAUUACAGUAAUGCUAAAUACUAAUAAAGUAAUUAAUAAUACAAUAAAAUAAAAUAUUAGUGUCACAAUAAAAUAGGGAAGCAGUAUAGAGAAAGCAAAAUGGGAAAGAAAAACAGAACCAUAACUAAUAUUAAACUUCCUGUUCUCUCUCAAGUCAUAGUAGAACAGGAAAGUUUUAAUUUGUUUUCCAAAGACAGAUAAAGAGUCCUGUGGCCUUUUUGAUAAAAGAAACUCUGAAGUGAAAGUGCCGCCAUAAAAAAUAUUUCACACCUAAUUGCUGACAAACUAAUUUCUGAUAAAGAUGGCAUUGGGAGUAGGCGCUAACCAAAUAACUUAACGUUCAGGGGAAAAAAAUCAUGGGAAAAGCAGCCUCUGGUAUAUCCUAGCCAGGCUGGGUGGGAAGGUGUAUGGCAGCACUUUGAAGAUUGUAUCUAAACUCACCGUUAAUCAGUGGAACUCCUUCAGCACUGGUGUAAUGUGUUCUAAGGGGCCAGCACUGGUUAACAGCAGUCCUGCUACAUUAUGCACUAGUUUCCAAAGGGUGUUUGGAGAAGUCAUUUUGUAAAAAAAAUAUACUUACCUAAGCAGGAUUUGAUUUAGUUAAAAUGUAUGUGUAUGUAGGGUCAUUUAAUGUAGGGUCAUCUGAUGUCCUGUUAAAAGUGUUGUGGGAGGCGGGAAUUGUUGGUUUGUUGUUUGUUUUUACUAUGUAUUUUGUGGUUUUAUAUUACGAUUUUGUGAACCAUCCUGAGAUCUGUGGAUGAAGGGCAUUAUACAAAUUCAAUAAAUAAUACUAAAAAUAAUAAUAAUGCAAUGGUUGAUUUUGAAAAUACUAAGUACCUCUUAAUGGCUGGUCAUUGGCUGUUAUGUAAGUACCUGAGACUGGCCUGAAAGCAAAGAGUAAGGUUACCAUAACUUCCGUCACAGAGCUUCAGUAUGCUGAUGACAAUGUAGUGUGUGCACACUCAGAGGAUGACUUCCAAGUCAUCCUAAAUAUCUUUGCAGAAGCUUAUGAAAAGAUUGGCCUAUUGCUCAACAUCCAAAAAACCAAAGUGCUGCACCAGCAAGGACAAAACAACCCCUCUGUAGUGCCAUAAAUCCAAUUCAAUGGUGUAAUGUUGGAAAGUGUCACUCACUUCUCCUACCUGGGUUGUUAUCUUUCCACAAAAGCUGACAUUGAUACCAAAAUCAAGCAUUGCCUGAGCUCUGCAAGUGCAGCUUUCUCCUGAUAGAACUGCAGAGUGUUUGAGGACUGAGACAUUUGCAGGGAAACCAAAAUGUUGUUUACAAAGCUAUUGUACUACCAAACUUACUGUAUGUUUGUGUAACAUGAACCACUUAUAAAUGCCGUCUCCAACUCCUUGAAAGAUUACAUCAGUGGUGUCUCCAAAAAAAUUUACACUUCACUUGGGAAGACAGGUGAACUAAUGUCAAAGCAACGAUUCUUCAACAUCAACUUUGUUGGACUGGUUAUGUUGCUCGGAUGCCUGAUUAUCGUAUUCCAAAGCAACUACUGUAUUCAGAACUUAAAAAUGGAAAGCAUAAUGCCGGUGGUCAACAAAAGAGGUUCAAAGACUCUCUCAAGGCAAAUCUUUAAAAAUGUAGUAUAAAUGCCAACAAUUGGGAAACACUGGCCUGCAAGCGCUCCAAUUGGAGAACAGCCUUUACCAAAGGUGUCAUGGGCUUUGAAGAUGCUCAAACUCAGGACAAAAAGGAAAAAUGUGCUAAGAGGAAGGCACAUUUGGCAAACCGUCACCAUGAUUAAUUCCCACUCGGAAACCUAUGUCCCCACUGUGGAAGGACGUGUGGGUGCAGAAUUCUUAAGACCAUGUUCAUGGAAAACCAUCUUACUCAGCUACAAGUGAAAGAAGAAGAAGAAGGGCUACUAUGUAAGUACCUGAAACUCAUCUGUUGGAAAGUGGUUGGUUGGUUGGUUUUGCAAUAUUGAGAGUACAGUGGUACCUCUAGUUAUGAACUUAAUUCACUAAUUCUUAACGGAGGUCCGUUCUUAACCUGAAACUUCUUAACUAGAGGCAUGCUUUCACUAAUGGGGCCUCUUGCUGCCGCUGCGCCACCAGCACACAAUUUCUGUUCUCAUCCUGGACCAAAGUUCUCAACUCAAGGUAACUCUUCCAGGUUAGCGGAGUUUGUAACCUGAAGCGUUUGUAACCUGAGGCGUUUGUAACUCAAGGUACCACUGUAUUGUAAAUUACACUUCUGAUUGGCUUAUUGGGCAGAAAUUAUUAAUUAUGCAUUGGACAGGAAAAAUGGCCUGAUUGGCGGGGAGGUCUCUACGCCUCUCAAAUCUGAUUGGUUAGUGGACAGACAAGCUGGGACAUAAAUAGGCCUAAUCUACUCAUAUUGAGAGAGACUGCUGACCAGAUAUGAAGAAGACAGAGGGUGAGACUGGCUGAGAAGAAGAAGCCGGAGGCUAAAGGUGAAGCAGAAGCAGAUGGGAAAGAGACUAUCCAGGCUGGAGGAAGCUGAAAAUAAUAGUCUGCCUUAAAAGAGCAAAAUCAUUAACCUUAAGCUGAAGAUGGGCAGUGAAGACAGUAAGAAGAAUUCAGCAAGGAGCUGACCAGAACUGCCUGGCUCAAAGGUGGCCCACAGUAGCUAGUGGCAAGACUGACUGGGGAAGAGGGGCUAAGGGUAAUGGCUAUUACGUUAAGAAGUGUUAGGAACUAAAGUGUAUCAGCCAGGUUCAUGGAAACAUCUGUAACAGAGUCAGUUUUUAGAUACAGCAGCUUUAUUGCAGCAUAUAUAAGUAACCCUUAAAGAAGCAGCAACAUAUUGAAGCAUGGCAUUCACCUUAUCAUAUCAGAACUUCUAUUACACCAUACUUCUAUCAGAAAGGGUUAAUAGAAAAGUAAGAUAUAUGCAGCUCAAGAAAGAUAUCUUAAAUGCAGUUUCUUGCCUUUAGGAAAUAUAUUGACCCCCUCCCAAAGACAUCACUGAGGAAACAUAGUCUUAUCUGUGCUAAGUUUAGUUCUUGGACAUGAUGAGUUAAUACUGCAUCUGGCCUUUAAAGUAUGUUGGCAUCUUUUUCUGUUUUAUUUCCAUGCUGAGAUAUUUUCCAUCUGUGUUUUAUGGACACGUGCAGGACUCAAGUUCCCCGAAACUGCCAGUUUUAUCUCAGUAAUGUCACUGUUUUUCUUCAUUUCUGUGUGUAUGUUUAGUAACCAGCUACGCAUUAAUUAAGGAACAUUUCAGUCAACCCUUGUCUUCAGCAGCGAACGCAAAAUGAAUGUCUGUUGAAGAGUAAUUGCAGAUGGGCAAGAGGGCGAUUCAAUUGCAGUUCAAGCAAAACAUAUUAAGCUACAGCAUAUGCACAGGAGAAGGGUUAAUAUGCAACUUCCUCUGCCACACUAUUAAAGUACCGGGCUCAUGCUAGAAUACUAAUUGAAGUGACUUGCUGGCACAAAAAGCAAAGGCAAGAGCCAAAAAGGCAAACAAAAGGAAAUCCUUCUGUACUACACUUGUUCCUUUUUUAUUAUUCAGUGCAGCUCUGAUUUAUAUUGAACAUUAUCUGGGCCAUUUCACACCCGCAAAUGCCGCUAAUAUUCUGCAUGUGAUAUGAAAGACCAUAGGAAGGAGUGCUUGUGAGGAUCAGCAAGAGCACAGAAUAACUUCUGGCAGCACCAUUUCUGUCUGGUUUAGGUCAUAAAAAUAGCUAUGCACUGCUCCUUGUGAUCUAGCUCUUAAUACCCAGCAUUUAUAAUUCAGCUUUUGAGAGUGUAACAAUUGCCUUGCAUGGUCAAACUAAAGGUCCAUUCAUUCAGUCUCCUGUAGUAUGAGAUGCCCAUAGCAAGAGCCUCCAUGCCAUAAUAGUGGUAGCCUUCCUUUGUUGUUUGUUCUCAGCAUCUUAUGCUACUUCAAUUAUUGUAAUUGACACCUAUUCCUCCAUAAGGGACGUGGGUGGCACUGUGGUCUAAACCACUGAGCCUCUUGGGCUUGCCGAUCAGAAGGUCAGCGAUUUGAACCCUCGUGAUGGAGUGAGCUCCCAUUGCUCUGUCCCAGCUCCUGCCAACCUAGCAGUUUGAAAGCACGUCCGUGCAAGUAGAUAAAUAGGUACCGCUGUGGCGGGAAGGUAAACGGCAUUUCCGUGUGCUCUGGUUUCCGUCAUAGUGUUCCAUUGUGCCAAAAGUGGUUUAGUGGACAAACGCCAGCUCCCCCAGCCUGAAAGCGAGAUGAGCACCGCAACCCCAUAGUCACUUUUGACUGGACUUAACCUUCCAGGGGUCCUUUACCUAGUCAUCCAUGAAUUUGUCUUAAUCCCUUUAAAGGCACCUGAAUCCCAUUUCAGAUGUUGCAGUAACACAGUAAUCCUUAUUUCCAGUGUGGCUAAAAUCGCCACCUUCAGGUUAUAAUUUUGAAGGGGCCAUCUGGAUGUCAUUCCACAGCACUCCCACAGAAGGGCAUCUUCAUGCAGUGCUGGCUUUAGGAUUUGUGGGGUCCAACAUCCACAGUAAGGAGUACUUAAGGGUGCUAUAAGGAAACCUGAGUUACUUCUUAGCAUAGCAAAUGCUCAUGAGGUUUCUGUAGCACACUAGCGAAACUCUUUCAACAGCGUGAUAACAUAUACCAAGGGAGGGCAAGAGAAGGAGAUCUGUACACAUAGCCUUUCCCUUGACAUACAAUAACUGUGAGAUAAUUUUUAGAAACCUUAAUUCUAGAAUUAUUAUGUUUGGUCCGGGAACUUGCCCUAUCAUGAGAACUGAUGGUAUGGGAUCGUUUAGCCAACCUGCCUUGCGAACAGAGAUUUUGCAAGAAAAAACACGGGAAAGGAAUAAGAUGAAAUGAAGUUUCCACUGCCAUAGAAUCAUAGAUUGUAUAUAGAGUUGGAAGGGACCCUGAUGAUCAUCUAGUUCAACCCCCUGCAAUGCAAGAAUAUUUGUUGUCUCAUAUGGGGAUCAAACCUGCAACCUUGGUGUUAUUGGAACCACACUUUAACCAACUGAGCUAUGCACAUCAUGAGCAUGUUUAGAACACAGGAAGUGGAAGCUCUGCUGUUUGUAGCCACCGGCAUUAAACUUGACUCAUACAAAAAUUGAAUGCACUGUUCAUAAUUUUACUAGCUUCCCUCACCACUUUUUAAAACCAAAAUCAAAAUCAGGACCUUCAGGUGAAUGUCUGAGACCUCUCCCAUAAAGGCCAAGCGUGCCAUUUGGCAGUGCUGCUGGAUUCAAACCAAGUGGUGUUUCAGUGGCCAGCAGUGCUUUCCACCAUCUUUAGCUGGUACACAAACUGCAGCCCUAUCUGGAGAGAACUGACCUUGCCACAGUGUGAUGCACAACACAAGGGGCUUGCUGUCUUUGAAAACAUUUCAGAAACUCAGAAUGUGCCAGAAUCCAUGGAGGCUAGGCAGUCAUCAUUGUUAGAUUAGCUGUGCUAGGUACUGAUGUGUUUCUGGGCUCAAUUUAAAGUGCUGCUUUUUACUUUGAAAGCCCUAAACAGUUUGGCACCGAGUUCCUUUUUGGACCACCUGCAUUAUCCUGCCCACACUUUAGGAUCUGAUUCAGAGGCUCCCUGACAUAUUCACCUUUUAGGUUGCAUAGGUGGAAGUCAACAGGAAAGAGAGGUUCUUCUCUACGGUGCCUGCAUGACUUUGGAAUUCCAUUCCAUCAGAUCUGUGCAAGGUUACUAUGCUUCAGGGUUUUUGGAAGACAUUGAAGCAUCUAUUUUUCAUUUGUUGUUCUAGGAGUGAUGUUUCACUGGCUGGGUGAUGGCUUUGGGUGUUUUUUUUAUGAAGAGUUUUCCCUAAGAACCUUAAGCUUAAACUUUUUGUAUUACUGUCUUCUUUUCAUGCUGUUUUGUGUUUGUAAACCACUCUGCCUGGAAAAUGCCUCCAAAAGUGGCCUAAAGUGUUGUUGUUUUCAAAUAAACAACACAGCGCAACAGGGUAUAUCCCAUUUUAUUGUGAGAAAAUGUCAUUAAGUAUAAACAAUGUACUUGGAUGCUGUAAGGUUGCCAUGGGUUUGCAGAAUAGAUUUAGUAACAUGUGAAUCCCAAGCAGAAUGUGUAAAGGGUUUGUAUUUGGGGUUUUGAUUAUUGAUUCUGUUGUAUCUUAUAUCAGGCAUACACAGGACUUGAGCAGAGGGAAGCUGUCCGUCAAGAUCAGCUGCUAAUCCCAAACUCUGUAGCACAGCAGAAAGAAAAGCUGUUUCAUCUUAUUUGUGCUGCAGUGGUUUCCUCUGUGUAUAUAUCUGUUGGCAGGUUAGCAUCUAAGUGUAGAUCUGUUUUACAGAUACAUUAUUCAACAGUUUCCUGACCCAUAACCAUUUAAAUGGAUCUAAAAUGUGAGAUAGUUCCCAUAGCAAUGCCCCUGAGUUUGCUUGCAGCUGUAAUCAUUAUUUUUGGCAGGUUUACUUUUCCAAAUACAAUAAUACCUAUAAAAAAUGAUGCAUGUAGCAUAUGAGAAAUAUGAUGAAUUGUUCCAUCCAAGCAGCCUGUCUAGUGGGACACGGAGGUGUCAUUCAUCAAAAUAUUCUCCUCAAAUCAUGGCAAUUCCCCCCAGGUCAACUGUACAAACUCAUAGUCAGCUUCAAAUAGCCCCAAUUGCCCCCAUUCAGAGUGCAGAGCCUGUUAUGUAGCUUAUCUCAGAGUGUUUCAUUAUUUCUGGUUGCAACUGAGGAAGAAGCACAUCACUACUUCUAGAACUCAGGAUGUGUUUAUACAUUAGCCAUGCAACUGUCUGACCAGUGUUCGUCUAUAUAGUCAAAUGUAUAUUAGAACAGGGACCAUGGUUAAAAAUUAACAGCAUUGAAAGUGCACUAACUAGAACAAUAUGGAGUUGUCACCAUUAAAUAAUUCUUGCCACCAUAUGCAAUUUUACAAUCUCCAUAGUUGGUUUGGAAGAGAGAAGAAGGGAAAGGGAAUGGAGCCCCCACAAACCUAGCAGAGUUUUUUGAGUGGGGGGGGGAACUGAAUCAUAUACUAAAAAACAACAACUUAUUCUGUAAUUCUUCAUCUUAUAGUUUUUCACAAAUAUGAGAAAUUUAGGUAAGAGUCCCAUUUUACAGAUAAGAAAUUGUGGUUGAGACACAAUGGCUUAUAUGUAAUAGGUCAGUGGAUAAAGUCGGAUUUGAAUCCUGGUCUCCUGCAGGGGAAAUAACAGCCUAUCAAAAUAUUUCUGUCCGGAAAUAAAAACACUAUAGGACAUAACCACAUUGUAAGCCUCGAAAAGACAUCUUCAAUGUUACAUUGUCAGAAGAAGAAAGUAGCUUACUUGUUUGGCUAUAUGGUAUAACUGUGUUACUAAUAUUUGCAAGUCAUGUUUGUAAAGUGGUACCAACCCAGCCAUGUUUGUUACAGUUUUUUUGUGCAGAAAAAGCUUGCAAGUCUUAAAUUGUUUGGAGAGAGGGCCUCUUCUUCAUGCUACAAAUAUAAUCUGUUGAUUGUUUUAUGUCCAAAUUGGCGGGGGGGGGACAAUCCCAAAAUGCGUGAAACCUUAAUUCAAAAGAGAAUAAGUGUUCUUUUACACAUGCUAGCAAAAACAAAAAACAAAAAAACACUGGUCUUUGAGUAUGCUGUGUCCACUGUUAAUUGAUUUCAUGUGGAUUAGAUGGUGGCAAAUUAGAGCCCUGUCAUUUAGAGUUUACAUUGUAUACUUUCCAGUCUUACGUCUUGUUAUCAUAAUUCUUCUGAGCUCUGUAACUGAAAAGGAAGAAUUUGGGAACACUUCUCCCCGCCCCCAGUUUCUUGUAGAGCGGUAUAUUCCCAUGUUAAUCCGGUCAGUCAGGUUUUUCAAGAUGUUGGGACACUUUGCUCGCUGAGAAAGAAUUUAUACAAAGCUUCUUGAGAUAGAAUAAACACCUUGCUAUUUCCAUUUAGGAAAUUUGCUUCAUUCUCUCCUCCUGCAUUCCCACCGUUCUUUUCAAGGUGAAAUUGUUGUCCUUGUACAAGGUAGGAAAGAGCAGCCGUAGCUUGUGUAGGACUCUGCUUCUUAAUCGGCAAAAGUGAAUCACAUCACCAGCCACCCAGCGCUGCCAAAAGAGCUUAAUUCUGGAGCCACAUGGAAGAACAGCAGCCAGGUAAGAAAAACAACUAAUGGAACUGUAAAGAAUGGAAGGCUCAAGAAGAAAGUUCAUGCUUGAUUGAGAGGCAGCAAACCUUUUUAUGUUAUAUGCAGGAGUUUCAAGAGGGAUGGAGUGGUGGGAUUUUUCCAGGGAACAAUAUGGAAGGAAGCGGUUUUUGAAGGGACUCAAUCCAAAAUCCAUAAAACUUGCUGCACAGAUGCAGAAGUAACAGUAGUAAGUUAAGCAGCAGAAAGGUCAUAAUGUGAGCUGUAAUUGACAAAUUGCUCAUGUGUGUUUGUUAAUCAUACAUUUAAGCAUGCAAUAUUUACACUGCUUACCACUGGGGCCGAACUGAGGAAAACAGCCUGGGAAAGAAGGAUGCAGAAGGGAAAGACUAGUCAUGUAGAGAAAUGCAGAGUUCUUAAUUCAUAUCACAUAGCAGCUGAAUAAUAAAUAAAUAGAAACAUUCAAUUAAAUAUCAGAUUGCAUUUGGAAUAUUUUUCUGUAACGUAAGAAGAGAUAUUUCCCUUCCAACGUUGUUUAGAGCAGACCUUCUUCCUCAAUGGCAUGUUCAAUGUUUCAAGAAAAAGAAGGGACGCCUGAAAGAGAAGCAAUUUUUGUCUUUUCUACGUGUAUAUUUUUGCUUGAAGCAUGUCUUAAUGCUAAUCUAGGGAGAUUUCCACGUAGCUUUUCAUUGUUUUAAAUCUUUGUUGAACUUCAAGGGUGAAGCUUAAUAGUACAUACAUCCUUUCCAAGCAUGUUCUUGGCACGUUUGAUAUAAUUAAAGUAGCAGUUUCUGUGAUCUAAUAGGGAUAGGAACUUUGAGUCAUGUUCAGAGAGUAGCUUCUAGUAUGAAGCAGGCUCAGGCAUGUAUGUUUAACAUUCUUGUCAAGUGCAAACUUACAGCCGAACCAAACGUUAUGCCAUAACAUAAAUAACAAAAUCCCAGGGGCCACUUUAAUGUGGUGGGGAUGGUGGAGAUGACAUAUUUCUGUUUUGCCCUGACUCACCUUCAGUGGUCUGCUAUUUUAAUCCCCCCUCCCUUAUCUUCUCUCACCUUUUUCCUAGGGUACCUUGGUGUUACUUUAGAAUACAUAUUUCUGCACCACUUAAGCUUUCCCCCCUGCUAUUUGGCACAUGGUAUGAUGAAUGCAUGAGAUCCAGUGGGUGGGUUCCCACAAGGCAAGACACAGUGAUAACAGCAAGAACCUUUAUUGAACUACAUACUGUAACUGGGAAACAGAGGCAAAGCAACUGCUUGUAUACACUUCUGAAAGCCUGGGCCACUCCCACUCCCAACAGGGCCAUAACUAGGGGGUGGCAAGGUGGGCCCCUGCCAGGGACACAGGCAGACCCCCCCCCUGCAAAAUCAGCUUAAAAAUAUGUCCAUAAAUAUGUCUAUAAAUACAGUGGUACCUCGGGUUCAAGUUACAUAUGCUUCUGGUUACAGACUCUGCUAACCCAGAAAUAGUGCUUCAGGUUAAGAGCUUUGCUUCAGGAUGAGAACAGAAAUGCUCCAGCGGCACGGCAGCAGCAGGAGGCCCCAUUAGCUAAAGUGGUGCUUCAGGUUAAGAACAGUUUCAGGUUAAGUACGGACCUCCGGAACGAAUUAAGUACUUAACCCGAGGUACCACUGUAAAAAUAUUGAUUAUUGCCUCAUAAGAAAAGGGUUUAAAUAGAGAAUGAAUUGAAUGAGUGGAGGGGGGGUUGGAGGAGAGGCAGAAAGAAGAGCUAAUUUGUCCGUGGCUAGGGUUCUGGAUGGUUCUGCCAGGGGCACAAGAUCAUCUACCUACAGCUCUGAUUCCCAAUGUGAUUGGCUGUCUAAACUUCCAAACUGCGAAUCACGACUCAUAGUUCAAGGGCCAAUGGCAGAGAUCCAAAUCCUGAAAUGUUCUGUGAUUGGACAACAUGUAUCAAAUCAGAACACAGGAGCUCAGAAUCCUUAGUCCAGACUCAAGCUCAGGCAAACACAGACCACUGAAUAUAUAACAUGAGCUACCAACUGUUGUUUCUGGGAGGGGUGGUGGAGUAAAAUAAUGUCUUUUUCAAAGUGGCCUAAGUUGCUUUAGGUGUCUAAAAGUUUUCACAUUUCACAGAAGCAGUUUACCUUCCUUAAAAAAAAAAAAUCAGUACUUGAUAGCAAUUGUUUAACAGCUCUAGUGGAAAAUAUACUGUGGAUAUUCUGCAGUGCUGCAAGGAUCAUUUUUAAGAUUCAUGGUGUUAUGUACUGAGUUGAAUAGGAUCCAAACUGCAGCAGUCUGAUUGGUCCUAGAGCAAUAGGAUCCAAAAUGCAGCAGUCUGAUUGGUCCUAGAACAAUAGGAUUCAGAAUGCAGCAGUCUGAUUGGUCCUAGAGCAAUGCAGCAGUAUGAUUGGUUGGCAGGAACCAACCACUCAUGCUCCAGAUAGAAGUGAAUCCACAACCUGAUUGGCUUACAGUAGAAUUCCGGAAUUAGCCAAUCAUGUGCAGCCCAUUGUGUAAAUAAUGUAUAUAAAGCAGAUACUUUGAGGGGACAUUCUUUCAUUCCUCCUCAUCACUAUGAGCUGAAUAAAGAGCAUGAAAUCACUUUGCGACUCUGAGUAUAUUUCACAUGGUUUAUAUUAUAUAAUCACUAAAAGGUUUCUCCUUGAAUGCCUUUUUAGGGUGUGGGGGAGGCUUUUAAAAUGUUACGCUUUUAAAGGUCUCACUAUAAUUCCCACUUCUGCACCAAACUUUACUCUUGGUUUGAGAGCCAACUAAUUGAGAUCAUUGAACAGGACCAACAUUUUAAGUUAUGACUCAUAUUUUUGAAAUUUAAUGUUGGCGGAAAAUUCCUUGAAAUAUUUUCUUGUUUCCCUCUCUGGAGGAAAUACGACACCACCCCCACAAUAGCAGGCAGGAAAUGGAAUUAUCCACUUCUGGAAGAAACGUUAAGAAGCUUAAACAAUAUGAAGAGUAGGUUGCCACAACCUGCAUAUCUAAUCCUAGAUAUGUUUUAUAAGUUAGACUAGGCUAUAGUUUCUGCCCAGUUCGCAUGGCAAGUUUUUAUUAUACAUGUCCCUUUGUGCAAAGUAGUUUCUACACAAUUUCAAGAAAUUUUAUCUAGGCCAGGAAAAAGCCAUAUCAAUUAAAACAUGAUUUGAAAUGUCUGCAAACUUUGGCAGAAUCUUCCCCUCUCCAUAGCUCAUUUUGGUACACAGGGUGUCCACUGGGUUGUUUUUAGGUUGUUAUCUAGAGGACCUGAACCCUGAAUCUUCUGCCCUUUCCUUCUUCUUUUUAAUUACAAAAUAAAUAAAUAAAUACUUACUGGGCAGACUGCAAAGGGCAAGGAAAUCACAACCAUAAUUUCUUCAAAAAUCUAAAUUUACACAAAUAUAUUAGCAUAUGCAAAUUUAUGUCUUAAGUCAAUGUUUUGAGCCUUUUAAGUACCUGGUGCUUAUGUGGGAUACUAAAAGUGAUAUCAAACCAGCUACACUAUUUCAUAGAAUCACAGAGUUGGAAGGGGCCAUGAGGAUCACCUAGUUCAACCCACUGAAAUGCAGGAAUAUGCAGCUGUCGCAUACAGGGAUCGAACCUGCAACCUUGGUGUUAUCAGCACCUUGUCUAACCAACUGAACUAUUCAUAUCUCCACAACAGAGGUAUUCCCUUUGGGCAUUUGAAACUCUCCCAGCAAGUGCAUAACAACUCCCAUGUAUUGCAUGCGAAGUCCCUCCGUCUGAAUUUUUCGUGGACAAUUACAUUUCUUUCCUUUAAAACAAAGUGUGACUUAUGGCUCAGUCUUUCAAAUGCUGUGACAGCAAUUGCAUAGUGUUAUCAAGAACUAUGACUGUGAAAAGUUACAUAAUGUUACACCAGUGCUGCAGGUAAAUAUACACAAACACAAGCGUUUAACAAUGCACACCUGUGCACCAGCAGUAGGAAACUGGAAACAGAAGACUGUUUUGAAGUUUAGUGGUGGUGGUAUAUUUUCAGGAGAAGAUCACAGCUGUGUAUGGACUUUCAUUCCCUGCCACAGUUUGAGCAUCUUCCCCUACCAAAAAUGGUGCUGCAAAUGGAUUUGAAAACAGACGUCUACGGGUGCCAGGGGUAGGCUGUUUUUUUGAAGCCUGAUUGUUUCACAGAUGUGAUCUUCCUUCCCUACCUGCAGUCUCUGUGAAGAUCACACACACACACACACACACACACACACACACUUCCCUCUAGCAAGUAGGGUUGAAAAACGAUGAAAUGCUUUUGUCCAUCCCUAAUUGCUGGGGUGGGGGAAAGUGAGACUUUUACAUGCCUGAUAUGUGUGUGCAUGUGGGGGGAGGUAUGUGUUGUGCGAGUGCGCACUUUGUGUAUGUGUGAGAGAAAAUGUGGGGUGUGCCUCUUGUUCUGAUCACACGUACCACAGAGAUGUGACCUCUGGAGGGUUGUCCAAGAGGGAAUGCAAAAUUGCUGCUUAUCCUUGCUACACAUGUUUUCUCAGAUGCCCUACUAUGUGCAGUGGGGCUUACUUCAUCAUAAGGGUGUUUAUAGCUGCAGCCUAAGGCUAACACACUGACCUGUUGCAAAGGGCAUGUAUUUUUGAAAGCAAGUUCAAUUGCUAAUGCUUUAUAUGAAUCAAAGUGCCUCAGUGUUUCGGGGGGGGGGUACCCAAUAUGUGGUAGGCUCUCUGCAAGUUCCCUAUCCCACACAAUCCCCUAAGCCUUGUGGCACUUUGUCUCCUUGCUUGCAAAAAACCCCAAACACCACAGACCUUUCUUUCUUUCUUUUGCAAAAAAGCAAAACCAGUCUAAUAGGAAAUGUCAUUGGUCAAGCUGGGGCCGGGGGAGAGGGGUGAGGAGAAGGAUAGCCCACUGUGAAGGACACAGGGCAUUUAAUCAGAGGGAAUUAUUUCACUGUGGCUAUCUAAUCACAGUGGUUUGUGUGAAGGAUGUUGAUGGGAAUAAACACAUUGGACUCACAUGCUUGUUGCUCUUUUCUCAGUUUUGUGUCUCUUGAGUAGGAUACAUAGAAUAGUUUUGUGGUGGACUAGGAGGCACCCCUCCCCUUACCAAAUAUGGACCCAAACCAAAUCUUGAUGCCAGUGCAUACUCCUAAUAAUUGCCUGUUUAAACCCUUACCUUGCCAUCUUCUGUGGGUGUUUUGUUACAUAAUGAUCUGCAUAUUUUCUUGUUUAUCCUUCGUUUGUCUCCAUGGGAUAUGAAGAUAUAUAUAAAUAAGUGGAAAUUUAAGAGUAAAUUGAAAUUUUCUCCAGUGCAAUGCAGAGCCAAUAGUAAUUAACCAAAACUCUGAUGAGUCAUAUUGCCCUGUGAUUUACUCAGGAAGGAAGGAGGAAUUCACAAAAGAGAGAGCAGGGAAGGGAAAGAAGGAAGUGAACUGUGAUCCAUGAAAGCUUAUGCCACAAUAAGUAUUUAAAGUACUGCUGGACUCUCAGUUGUUUUUGCUGCAAAAGACUAGCCGUCUGGAAAUAAUUACAGUUCAGAAAAAACAGCAGCAUUAUUUUUACUCUUGCCCAGAGUUAAGAGAAUCUGUUUCUCAAGCAAGAUACCAAAUGUGAAUUAAACUGAACACAUACCGUACUUAAAAUCAGUGCUUUUUCCCGUGUGUGUGUGUGUGUGUGUGUGUGUUUAGGGGUACUCUCAUUUUCCUACUCAUAUUGAAAUACUGCCCCUCAAUGAGGCCAAACUUAGAUUCAAAAAAUGUUUAGGGGUAUGUGUACCCCCAGAAAAAAGCACUGCUUAAAAUCUAGCCUUUCUUUUACCACAAACUUUCACCAUGAAGGACUAGCGUGCUCACUGAACUCUGCAGCCAAACUAAAAAUUCAUCCUGUUAGAAACAACUAUAUCACUGGUUUCACAUCAAUCUUAUUGUAAGAUAAAUGUGCUUUAUCUACCUUUACAUCACGUUUUAUAGUACAAUAAUGUUUCCAGAAGGCACACCUAUGUUCAAAAAAGUCUCCUGGGGAUGACUGCCCAUCUGUGUUCUUAAAACUACGUUUACUGGAUAACCAACAUAGUCCUGUCCGUAUGUUUUGAACUACAGCUCCCUUAUCAUUGGCCAUGCAGGCUUAAAGCAAAAUUGGGCUUUAUAUAUUUAUAGGGAACUGAGACUGAUGUGGGAACAUAAUCUGGGUUCAUGAACAUAAUGUAGCAUAUUAUGUUCUUAACUUCAGUGGUAGGUAUGAAAGGGCAAAGCUGAGAAUUUCACCCCAAAAUGAAGAAGAUUUCACAAAAUUGAAGGCUGUAACUAAACCGUCUCUUCUGUAUUGUUUUAGUCUUGGAAGAAGUGGAACAAGAUGUCUUUCAGAGCUAUGGAACAAUGCCCGGCCAGCAACCACUGCAUAAGCCAGAAUGGGUAGGUGCUACUUCAGCAAAUGUUGUUAUCUUUGCUUUCUUCUCCAAAGCUUUUUCUGUGGUGGCCCCAUCACCACCACUAUUUGUGGAAUAUUGUCCCCUUUCAUGGGAGGAAUGUUGGAGGGUAUGGAGUUAUGUGACCCCCGAGCCAAGAAGAUAAGUAACUAUGCAACCUUCAGAAGACAUCUGAAGGCAGCCCUGUGUAAAUAAGGUUUUUUUAAAAAAAAUGUUUAGUGUUUUAUUACAUUUUUAUAUAUGUUGGAAUCCAUCUAGGGUGACUGGGGCAACCCAGUCAGAUGGGUGGGGUAAUAAUAAUAAUAAUAAUAAUAGGACAUCUCUAUAUUCAUCAGAGAAAUAGUGGAGUGUAUGUGCUUGUGUUCUGGCAAGGAGAACAAUAAUUAGUAUUAUUGUGGCAGCAAUUUUGGCAGUGGUGGCAGAAGAAAGGAAAACAUAGUCACACAGGGGUUUGCAAGGACACUGGAGACACUGUGCCAAGACUCCUCAGAAGUCUGGAGCCUGAAGAGAAGGAGAAUUUGCAGGGCCAUUCUCACAUGACACUUUGCUUUGUUCUAUGAUCUCCCUUUACUGAAGAAUAUAGUGAGACUUCAGAAUCUUCAUUUCUGAAGGAUGUGCUAGCAGGCUUAGGGAAUUAGAUGUGGAAGCAAUGAACUGAAGAUGAACCCAAUUGUAUUUGACCCUUGACCUCUGAGUCUUAGUUAACAUCCCAGAAAUACUGAUAACCAUGGCACUAAGAGGAAUAUAAAUGAGAAUAGAGACACUCACAUGCAAGAAUUACGUAAAGAAAAAUAAAUUAAUUGUACUGUAUGAUCAAUUACUGCCUUGCUUUCACAGGGUUCAGCUAUGUUGAUGUAUCGCAUUAAAACCAACUGCCUCAUUGCCCAAUAAAGCUUAUGCCACAAUAAACCACUUAGUCUUUAAAGUGCCACAACAGGCUUUGUUGUUUUAUCUUGUUUUGCUUAUGCCGCACAAUAUCAACCCUAUAAGGCCCCCAUGGGCUACAUAGGGAAGUACACAAUAACAUUCGUGCUAAUUCUACGUUCUUAGGAUAAUUAAUAGCUGGUUAAUUAUUCAGGAAUAACUAUGUCAAUAACAUGCAGUGCUUUAGUUUUAGAACAGAUUAUGUGGUCUCUUUUCAUUCAGUAACAUUACCAAUUAACUGUUGUAAGACUGUAUUCAUAUAAUACAUGAGUAAUUAGCAAGUACUGCACAUUAUAAGCCCAAAUUGGAAAUGGAAGUGAAAGGUGGAAGGAGGCCUUAGGGUUUUGGUUGAGUUUAAAGUAACUUGAUAUUAUUAUUAUUAUUAUUAUUAUUAUUAUUAUUAUUAUUCCUAUACCACCCAAGGAUCACAGGGCAGUUUACAAUAUAAAACCACAAAAAUGCAUACCAUAGUAACAAGUGAAAACAAUAACACCCCCACCCCAAUUGUUUAAAAGGCCAUAGAUAGUUUCAUUAGCCAAAGGCCUGAGAGAAGAGGAAUGUUUUUGCCUGUCACCUAAAGAAAUGUAACAAAGGCACCAGGUGAGCCUCCCUAGGGAGAGACUUCCACAAAUGGAGAGCCACCACAGAAGAGGCCUGCUCUCAUGUUGCCACCCUCCAGACCUUUCAUGGGGGAAGCACAGGAACAAGGGCCUCAGAUGAUGAUUGCAGGGUCAAGGUCAGUUCCUAUAAGGUGUCAGUAACAUGGCUCACCCAAGUGAAGGAAGAGGCAGACUCAGAAACUGAGCUAAGAGAGAGAGAGAGAGAGAGAGAGAGAGAGAGAGACUCUGCAGAUGAGAACUGGCUGACAGAGCCAAGAAGGGGUAGUUUGCCCCCCCCCUUCCUGAAGAAGAUACUGUCAGCUCUUAAAAAGUGGGAGAGUUAGGAGGCAGCCAGAGCAUUGCUAGGCAAUCAGCAGAUAAGCAGACAACUGAGAGUGUGUCAAGUGGAAGUGUGGAGGGGGAAGGCCAGCUUCUCAAUCCCCGUUCUAGGAGACUGGAUAAGGUCAGAGGACAACGGAAGGGCAAGAGGGGAAGGGCGGGAAUUUGGUGUCCUUCCUGCUGUGAAAAGGACGGAGAUUCAGACUGACCAACUAUCAUCAAUGCAAGCAGGCAAGAAGCCAUGCUCUGGAUGUGUUUUUUGUAAAUAAACGUAACACAAAACUGCCAGAGAGUCAUUACUUCUUAUUGGGGCUUGCUUGCCUGCCUGAGAUCAUUACAUGAGAGAGAUGGUCCUUAAGGUAUAGCGGUCCUGAGUAUGUAAGAGAGUUUGGACAUCUUAAAUCACUAUACAGCAUCUUUCACUAAAUGCAUUUUAUGGAUUUAGUCCAUCCUUUCGCACAUCUGGCUGGAUUUCCAACAGUACAAAAUUAUUUCAGUUCUUGGUAUCUUCUUAGUAUCUUUUUAACCAGAAACAAGAAAUAUGGAUCUAUGCCUACAAAGAAGUCCCACUUAAUGCAAUUACACAGAUUGAAUUGUUUUAUUUUUAGUGCUACAUAGAUACUUUGAACAUUGAACAUUUACUCUGUCUAGCAAAUAAUAUUGUACUGACUCAAGUGUUUAUCGGUAUCAGGUUUUGAAACUGCUUAGAAAGCAUGAUAUGUGCAACCAUUUCUCUUUAUAGGGCAAUAAUAGGAAGGGUAAAUCCUGUAAGAUUCUAAGAAGAGCCCUGUUGGAUCCUACCAAAGGCCUAUCCCGUUCAGAGGGUUCAUAUUGCUUGUUAGUCACUGCACACCCAUAAUACCUCUUCUAUGGGAGCUAAGGACCCACAGUACUGAACAAUUCACUAGACCAAUUCCCAGCUUCAGACCAUGAGGUUAGAAUCAGAGAAUCACAGAACCUUAGAGUUGGAAGGUACCCAAGGCUCAUCUGGUCCAACCCCCUGCAAUGCAGGAAUCUCAACUAAAGCAUCCAUGACAGAUGGCCAUCCAACCUCUGCUUAAAAGGAGAGUCCACAACCUCCCAAGGGAGACUGUUCCACUGUCAAACAGCUCUUACUGUCAGAGUGUUUUUCCAUAUGUCUAGGCAGAGUCUCCUGUCCUGCAACUUGAAGUCCUACCUUCCAGAGCAGGAGAAAACAAGCUUGAUCCAUCCUCCAUGUGACAGCCCUUCAGACAGUUGAAGAUGGCUAUCAUAUCUCUCCUCAGCCUCCUCCUUUCCAGGUUGCUCAUUUAAGCCGUGGAUGGAUUCCUUGGCUCCAGCUGCAGAUUUAUUCACUUUUUAAAGCCAUGACUUCCAGUCUCAUUUCCCCACCUGUAAGGGUAAAACAACAGCACGUAAUAAAUCAGAGCCAGCCCUACCCUGCUUGCCCACUUGUCUAGGAUGUGUAGCAAUUCUUUCCAGCGAAAUAGCGUGACCCUUUUGCUCAAGCCAUCCAAUGGCACAUUAGCAAACAGAGACACACAAGCCAGUAUGCAUAUUCGAGACAGCUAGGCGAAGCUUUAGUGCACGUUUGAGAUAAAUAUUCAGAUCAAUGUUUGCUUCCAAGAUCUGCAGCGACAAGCUUAUGCAUUCCAUUGGCUUUUGCUUUGGUAGACUAUUCAUUCCAUUAUAUAAAAAAACAAUUUCUUCAGCAUGUAUUGGAUUAAAAUUCAAUCUUUACACCUUGUGGGGCGGCACAUAGGUUUCGUGUAUGCUGCAAUGUUAUCCAAACGUUUUCCUACAGAGCUCUGCUGAGCCAAUUGACCAUACAUGUGCACUUUCUUGAACUUAGAAUCAUAGAAUUGUAGAGCUGAAAGGGACCCCCGCCCCAGGGUCAUCUAGUCCAACCCCCUGCAAUGCAGGAAUCUCAGCUAAAGCAUCCAUGGCAGAUGGCCAUCCAACCUCUGCUUAAAAACCUCCAAGGGAGGAGAGUCCACAGUCUCUUAUCAAAGCUGUGCUGGGUAUGUUCUGUAUGAUGGUAUGUUGGAAUUUUCACUCUAGUAUGUAAAGAUGGCUAGAGUAUUCACUGUAAUGUUAAAGGUAUGAUAUGUUCCUUACAGGCAGAGUUUAAUCUGAAACCUGACUCCCUCUACUUUAAUGAUGGCCAAAGAAGAAUCGACUUUGUUUUAGCAUAUGAAGAUGAGAGCAAAAAGCAACAUAAGAGGAGCUUUCAGAAGAAGCAAAUGGUAUGGCUUGCCUUCUUGUUUUAUGCUGCUGUUUUUUGGGGCUCCACUAUUAUGGGCAAUUUGAAGCAUCUGUUUUUAGUGAUUGCAGCUUCCAAAGGUGUACCUUCCCUUCUUUGCUUUUGUCUUUUCCCACAAAGCUGAUUCAUAGAAUCUCAAACAAAGAGAGGAUUUGCUGUUCUUCCCCUUGGCCUUUUUUUUUUUUUUUUGUCUUGAUCUUUCCAGUUGGGUUUUAUUUCUCGUAGUUGAAAGCUAUAUUAUCCCUUGAAUUCAAAUGUACUUAGUGCUGGCAUGCUCGGUUACUUUUCUGAGCGCUUGCCACAAAGAGAGGACUGAGGCCAAGAAUGAAAAAAGGAAGCUUUUAAAAGUUAUGCAUUCCGUACAGUUCCGUACAGGGACACGAGUGGCGCUGUGGGUUAAACCACAAAGCCUAGGACUUGCCUAUCAGAAGGUCGGCAGUUUGAAUCCCUGCGACGGGAUGAACUCCCGUUGCUCGGUCCCUGCUCCUGCCAACCUAGCAGUUCGAAAGCACAUCAAAGUGCAAGUAGAUAAAUAGGUACCGCUCUGGCGGGAAGGUAAACGGCGUUUCCAUGCACUGCCCUGGUUCGCCAGAAGCGGCUUAGUCAUGCUGGCCACAUGACCCGGAAGGUGUACGCCAGCUCCCUCGGCCAAUAAAGCGAGAUGAGCGCCACAAUUCCAGAGUCAGUCACGACUGGACCUAAUGGUCAGGGGUCCCUUUACCUUUACAGUUCAAUUUUUAGCUUGGUAUUGCGCUUUUGGGAUAGUACCCCUUCAGAAUGAAUCUUUGAAUGCAACCCAGAUUAAAACAAAAACAAAAACACCCUUCUCUGCACUUAGAAAACCAGCUCAUCAGAGAGACAGGAAAGCUAUCUUCUGUACUUGCUAGCUUUCUAUAGGAAGGCGUCUUUAGAAUGAGUGGAAGGGUUGUUCAACCAUCCAAUUUCCUUAUCCAAAUUUAGGUAAUAGCAGGAAGGCUAUACUAUAUAAUAUAAUAAGGUAUAAUCCUUAUUAAACCAAAAAAGAGGAAAUAAUGAACAAACGGAGACAUAAAUAGCAUAAAUAUGCCUUGGGGACCAACAAAUGGCGCCAGCUGCAUCAACAUCCUAUUUUUCAUAGGUCUCUUGUGGUCAAUCUAGUGAACCCUGGUUGCCUCAUUGUUUCCUAAUAGGUGCCACUGCAUGAUAAGCAGGAAUUCAAUAGCGGCAGUUUACUCCAAGUCUACACUGGAAAGAAUUUCCCCUGCUAGAUGUGAAUAUGUCACAUAGCUGUUAAAGGCACAAGAGCAGUUAAGGACCUACUGACCUCAAAAUACUACCUAAAAUGUGUAACUAUGCUAUUUACCUUUGAGUGACCUAUAAUUUAUAUUUUCCUCCUAGGUGACAGGAAUGCAAAUUCUUUCUUUCCUUCUUUUUGAAUUGCACUGACUCUUAACAACCAUGUUUAACUGUUGAAUAUUUCGCCUGAUCUCCUUCUUCAAUUAAACUAAGAUUACACUGUGGAGUUCCCAUGUUCUUGUUAGCUUUCCACGCAUGCCAGCUUGUGGUUUUGUUUUGUUUUAGUACUUAUCUGUUUGGUUCCCAGCAUAAUCUGCUGACAUGUCUUAGUCUUAGCAUUUUGGAUUUUUUUUGUGUUGUCAGUCCAUCAAUUUGUAUGCCACCUUUCCAAAGUUAAAACCAUGCUCAAGGCUGUUUUCAACAUAUAAAAAUACUACAUAAGUACAAUCAUAACAACAGUAGUCCAAAACAAUUUUAAAAUAUUAAAAAAUACAUAACCAAAUAGAACAAUUAAAGGAAUAUUAUUAAUUUAUGCCUGAGUUAUCUAUCUAAAAGUUCCCAGUAAGUUUUAAAAAACAGAAGUUGGUUCACUUUUUGUCUGCAUUAAGAAACCAUCAUAUCCUGUCACAUGCUUUGUAUUCCAUGACUAGUUCUGGGUUUUGAACUUGCAAAAUAUAUGCAGCCACAUGGAAAUGAAGUCAUUGGCCACCCAUAUGCAAGCAAGUAGGGUGAUGUAAAACCCACAUGACUACGCAAUCUCACACUGCCCUCCUAAGCCAGGCCAGCUAUGGUGCUAGCAGCGCCAAAGUGCAAUGAAAAUAAAAAUGGCAAUAACACCAAUUUUCUUUAGAUUGACUAAACAUGAUCCUGACCUGACCUUUCUAACCUCAACUGAGCCAUUUUCACAUUUCCAGUUUGUAGCGCAGGGCUUAGCUACACCAUAUUUGUAGCUAUGUUAAUAAGAGUUUUAGAUUAAUGAACGAGUAACCCUUCAUAACUUCAAAGGCUCCGUUCAAAAGUAACACUGAAACUCAGUUUGGGACUAGAGGAAUAAGUCCUGUGCUCAUGUGCAUCUCCUCUUCCUCUCUCUCUCCUUUCCUCAAAUACUUGGUUUUGAUUAAGUGCUUUCUCUUUAGCACAAACCAUAGUUUUCUCUUACAUUUAAACCAGCAAACUAUGAUCUGCAUUUGUCCUCCAAAAUAUGCAACCCCAGUUCUUGUACAAAUCCUUUAAUUACUACCGUUACUCACUUUUGAUAGUCCGGGAUAGGGAGCUAAGGAACCCCUUAUCUGGAGCAUGUGUGUGUAGUGGACAGAGAAAACUUUCUUUUGUUCUGCUGAUGACUGCAGGGAGAUUUGCACCUCCACCUUCUGCCUAGAGAGGUCAGCCUCUGAGGACUGCAAGGAGCUUGUAUCAGCACUAAAGUCAGCAGCAGAAAGGCUACAAUGAUAAGCAUAAAAGGAGGAGAAUCUCCUCCACACUGCUCUGUGUGAACAUUGCUGCUGAAUCUUAAAAGUUUCUACUGGCUAUUAUUUCAGUCUCUGCCCCUUGACUGCAACAACUGUAGUCAUUGCCCCAUUAACACUUGAUUCUCUUAAGAUGCUAUAAUUCUGAUUCUAAUUCUGGUAGCUAAACUGGACUUAAUAGCAAAUUGCCAACAGGGAGGUAAUGCCACAUAUAAUGCUUGUGGAGCCCUCCCAAUAAAAUAAUAAAAUAAAACCAAAGGAUUGGAUCCCAUGUAACACCAAGCUAAACCAUGGUUUGGCAUUACAUGACCAAGCCUCAGGCUUGUGCUUCCUCUCUCACCCCUAUCUCUCUUUCCUCUUACAUGGCAAGCCUAAUUAGCUACAGUAUUUUCUUCUUGGCAUAUACCAUUGGCAUAUACCAUCAUUAUCUCGGAACUGGCAGCCUAUGGUUUGCACUUGUCCUCGCUCCAAAGCAGGAUGGUUGGUUGGUGUCAGGGAACUGCCAUCGGACGGAAGGGAGGUGAAAGGGCUCACACAGGUUGGGAGAGACGCAGCAGCUGAAGAGGAAACCAACAGGGAGGUGAAAGGGCUCACACAGGUUGGGAGAGACGCAGCAGCUGAUGAGGGAACCAGCAGGGGAGAGGAGCUGAGCUGGAGGGAUGGCUCAGAGACACUUCCAGCGAAAACAGUGGAGAGGUUUCAGGACCUCCUGUAAGAACACCCACUCCUCGCCGGAAACUGUCACGCAGAGAUUCCAGAAGACGUGUUUCCGUUAAGGAGCUUUUAUGUUGGAAGCGAUUACGAAAGCAACCACUGUCGGAAUCUGCUAGUGACUAGAGUAGCCAUGUCUGAGGGGCUCUGUCACAGACAGAGGUUUGUGGACUUGAACAAACUCUGAGGGGAUACGAUUUUACGCACAAGCAGCUCAUCAUCCCGACACAGCAUUCCGACAGUCUUUGAAAGCAGCUUGUGCAGGAGAAGGUAUCAUGAGCAACCCAGCCGGAACCGGAGAAGCAGGAGCUGGAGCGGGUCCAAGCCUGGAAGAAAGGUACCAGAUGUUGGAGGUCCAGCUAGCGAUGCAGACGGCGAGGCUUGAGGAGAGGAGGGCUCAGGAUGCAGACAAAGGGGGAAAGCCACCCAGUUCGCCAGAAAGGUACCAGGAUUGGUGCAGAAGUUUGGGGGAGCCCAAAACUAUCAUGGUUUUCGGACAGAAAUGCAAUAUGCCCUCAAUCUGCAGUUUGAUGAAUUCCUGACGAGGAAUCACGAGUGGCUUUCGUGAUUGAGCAUCUUGAAAAGGGGGCGAGAGACUGGGUUAGACCCCUGAUGGCAGCGAAUAGUGACGUCUUAAAAGACACGAUGAAGUUCUUUCGCGCCAUGGAUCUGAUGUUUUCCAGCGAUAUUGAAAAGGGAGUGGUGCGCAGACAGUUAAUGGGUUGCAAACAGGGGAGCCGAUCUGUCCGUGAGUACUGGACUGAGUUCACCAUGCUUGUUCACAGAUUGGGGUGGGACUUAUCGGCGGAACCCAUUCAAAUGCUCUUUGAAGAAGGGCUUUCUUCGGCUGUGAAAGACGAACUUUCCCGGGCGCCCAGGGCGGAGUCUAUGGACCAGCUGACCAAAUCAGCACUGGCCAUAGGAGCGCGCCAGGAGGCGAGAGCAUUGGAGAGGCGGGAAGGGAAAGGGGAACGUUGGAAGGAGUUCCGCAUUCCAGACAUUCCAGAGCCAACUUUCCCACCGGCAGAGCCGAUGGAAAUCGGAACAGCGCGUGCGCGCAGUUUCAAAGCCCAGUGAGGGGCAAAGAAGGAGGGAAAAGGCGCCCGGAAAUGCUAUCUCUGCCAACAGCCAGGUCACUUUGCCAGAGUCUGCCCCCAGAGGAAAGAAUGGCAAGGGAUGGUAGGGGCUGUGGAUGGAAGAGAGGAAAAUAUACCGGAGCAAGUAAAAGCCAACGCCUGGCUGCCACUGUCAGGGCACAGCAGCCAGGCCAAAGAGCAGUGAGAGUGCCCACGCCAGAACCUCCUAAACCCGCCCUAGUGAUAGAAGUGACGCUAGAGCUGCCAAACGGACACCCUCUAAAGAUAAAGGCGCUGUUGGACUCAGGCAGCUCCUGCAAUUUCAUGAGCAAAGAGUUUGCAGCUGAACACCAGAUACAGACAAUCCUUUAAGCAGCCCCCUGCAGGUGACCACGAUCGAUGGCAGGGAGCUGUUGGGUGGAGAAGUCAGCUUGCAGACCGUCCCAAUGAUAAUGAAGGUAGCAAGGCACACCGAACUGAUAGCUUUUAAUGUGGCCACCUUGGGAGGAGCUCCCAUUAUAUUGGGGAUGAGCUGGCUAGCGUUACAUGAUCCGCUGGUGGGCUGGCAUCAGAGAGUGGUUUCUUUUGGUUCAGCACAUUGCUUAGAACACUGCAAAGAGGGAAAGGGUUUGGCAGGGGUCCAAGCCACCCUAGCAGGGACUGAAGUAACAGAGAACGUGAAGGUACCACGACAAUAUGCAGAUCUCCGUGACGUCUUCAGCGAAAGGGAAGCUGACCAACUACCCCCGCAUAGACCCUUUGACUGUCAAAUCAACUUACUCCCUGGAGCACAGCUCCCUGUAGGCAAGCUGUACGCCAUGUCAGACAGAGAGAUGCAGGAGUUAAGAGAGUUCAUUGACAAGAACCUGAAGAGAGGGUUCAUCAGAGAGUCCAGGGCGGUGGGGGCAGCCCAGUGUUUUUUGUGGAUAAGAAAACACGAACAAGCCGAGGCUGGUGUGUGACUUCAGGGCCUUAAAUGCAGUGUCAGAACCAGUAGCCUUCCCUAUGCCCAGGAUUGACGACAUUUUGACAAGGGUGCGGAAGGGAAAGAUUUUUACAAAGCUGGACCUAAGGGGGGCGUACAACCUGGUACGAAUAAGGAAGGGGGAUGAAUGGAAAACCACUAUGUUCACCCCUUUAGGGGCAUUUGAAUAUUUGGUUAUGCCCUUCGGCCUCCAAGCAGGCUCCGCAACCUUUCAAUCGUUUAUGAACCACGUCCUGGGGCCUUUGCUUUACAAGAAUUGUGUGGCCUUUUUAGACGACGUGUUGGUGUAUUCUGAGAAUGAGGAGCAGCAUGUGAGAGACGUCAGAGAAGUGUUGAGCAGGCUGCAAGCCAACCAGCUGUGGGUGAAACUGGAGAAGUGUCAGUUUCAUACCAAGGAGGUGGAAUUCCUGGGGUAUCGCCUGUCAGACAAGGGAUUGGCCAUGGAUCCCGGCAAGGUCCAGGCUGUGCUGGAAUGGAAAGCACCCAAAACAAAGAAGGAUGUGCAGAGGUUCCUAGGAUUUGGGAACUUCUAUCGUAAGUUCAUCCGAAACUUUGCCCACCUGACGGCGCCCACUACGGACUGUCUCAGCAGUAAGAAGAAGUUCGUGUGGACUGAGGAGGCGGAGCGCGCAUUUGAGGACCUUAAAGGGCCUUCGCCUCGGAACAACAACUCCUGCAUGUGGAUUUACAAAAACCGAUGAGAGUGGAAACUGACGCAUCAGACAGAGCGAUUGGGGCGGUGCUUCUGCAGCCAGGCAAGAAGGGGUCAGAGUGGAGACCGUGUGCCUUUUUUCGCGAAAGCUGAACAAAUCCGAGAGGAACUACACGGUGUAUGACCGAGAACUACUAGCCAUUCAUGAGGCGUUCCGGAGAUGGAGGCACCUGCUAAUUGGCGCACAACAUAAGGUGCAAGUGUGCACUGACCACAAGAACCUAGAGUAUUGGAGGACGGCACGAGUGCUCAACCAACGGCAAGUGAGAUGGGCCCAGGAGUUCUCCAAAUUUAACUUUGAGAUUAGUUACGUGCCAGGCCCAGAGAACAUUAGGGCGGACGCUCUCUCACGCAAACCUGAAUAUUUGGAGGGGAGGGGGCACCGAAGAGAGACAUGUCAUUCCAGAAGACCGCUGGGUGUGUGGGGCGGCAUUGGUGGGACAAAGAGAACUGGUAGAGGAAACAGAGAAUGAUGAAUACGCCCAGAAUAAGCUCAGAGGUCUUAGGGGUGAUGGAGAGGAACCAGGGGGUUUCGAGGAAAGAAAUGGAGCUUUGUAUUACAAAGGGGCACUGUAUAUCCCUGAAGGAGAGUUAAGGGGAGGGUACUCAAGCAGUUGCACGACAGCCCUACGGCGGGGCAUUUUGGACAACACAAAACCAUGUGGUUGGUCACCAGGGAAUUUUGGUGGCCUAAGGUGAGGGAAGAUGUACGUGAGUAUGUAAGAGGGUGCGAGCAAUGCCAGCGAGCCAAAGGGGAAAGGCGGGCGCCGGCGGGGCUAUUAGAACCCUUACCAACCCCAGAACGACCUUGGGAGGCAGUGUCGAUAGAUUUUAUGACUGAUCUGCCGAAGUCCAAAGGGAAAACAGCCAUCAUGGUGGUGGUAGACCUACUAACAAAGAUGUGCCACUUUGUAGCUUGCUCGCAUGCAGUCACGGCGGAAGAGACAGCGAAGUUAUUUGUAGAAAACAUUUUUAGGUUGCACGGGGUGCCAUUGAGGGUGGUCUCAGACCGAGGAAAACAAUUUACUUCCAGGUUCUGGAGGAAGCUCAUGAGCUUACUGCAGGUGGAGGUCAAUUUUUCGACUGCCCGGCACCCUGAAACCAACGGGCAGGCGGAAAGAGCAAACGGUGUCCUCCAGCAAUACCUGAGGUGUUAUGUCAAUGACAGAGAGAAUGACUGGGUAGAAAAGUUGGCGCUGGCGGAAUUUGCCUACAACAAUGCCGAGAAUGUGUCCACAGGGAUGAGCCCCUUCUUGGCUAAUUAUGGGUGUCAUCCCAGGGCUUUCCCAGGGGAGAGGGGGAGAGAUGGAGCGUCCCGGCAGCCGAGCAUUUUGUGGAAGAAAUGGAAGCAAUCCAUCGUCAGCUCCAACUCAACUUAGAAAGGGCGAAGGAAGAAUACAAGAGGCAGGCAGACAAGAACCGAAGGGAAGGUGAAACCAUAAGGGUGGGAGAUAGGGUGUGGCUGUCAACCCAAGGGUUGCCGUUCAAAGGAGGUUGUAAGAAAUUAAGACCCAGGAGGUUGGGUCCCUUUGAGGUCAUUCAACAGGUCAACCCAGUGGCUUUCAGGCUCCGGUUACCCAACCACAUGAAACUGCACCCAGUAUUUCACAGGUCGUUACUGUCACCGUACGAAGGGGGACGAGAAGGGCUGGCCACUCGGGGACGGGUCGUAGAAGAAAGAGAAUGCAGCAGCCAUGUGGCAGAAAUCCUCGACGCCAGGUGGAAGGGGGAUCAGGUGGAGUAUUUGGUAGCGUGGGAAGGAGAACCGGAGUCAGAAAACACUUGGGUAAUGGCUGAAGAUAUCAAUGACGAGGUAUUGAUAGAAACGUUCCAUCAAAGGUUCCCAAGGAAACCUCAGCCUGUAGAGAGGUUCCGGAGGGAAUACUUUGGGACCACUGAUGAAGGGGAGGAGUUGGAAGGAUUCCCGGACUCGGAAGGGGAAGGGGAGAUGGACUCUGAGGAGGAGGUGUACUUCGCGACCAGGACCCGCCACAGGGGGCGAGACGUGUUCGAGACAGCGGAAGAUGAAGGAAGUUCCUUCCGGGGUUUUGCCUCCUCACCGCCCGUAGAGGAGGGGGCGAGAGGGGGUGAAGGGGGCCCUGGAGGGGAGGUGGAUGUCAGGGAACUGCCAUCGGACGGAAGGGAGGUGAAAGGGCUCACACAGGUUGGGAGAGACGCAGCAGCUGAAGAGGAAACCAACAGGGAGGUGAAAGGGCUCACACAGGUUGGGAGAGACGCAGCAGCUGAUGAGGGAACCAGCAGGGGGAGAGGAGCUGAGCUGGAGGGAUGGCUCAGAGACACUUCCAGCGAAAACAGUGGAGAGGUUUCAGGACCUCCUGUAAGAACACCCACUCCUCGCCGGAAACUGUCACGCAGAGAUUCCAGAAGACGUGUUUCCGUUAAGGAGCUUUUAUGUUGGAAGCGAUUACGAAAGCAACCACUGUCGGAAUCUGCUAGUGACUAGAGUAGCCAUGUCUGAGGGGCUCUGUCACAGACAGAGGUUUGUGGACUUGAACAAACUCUGAGGGGAUACGAUUUUACGCACAAGCAGCUCAUCAUCCCAUCACAGUUGGAUAUAAUUGCAAAUCACUUGCCAGAUUUGGAUGAUACUGCAAACCAUGGCUUGCCUCAAACCAAGAUGCAACUAAUGAAACAGACUGCAUGAAGGACAGAAGAACUGCAUGAGCCAAACCACUCUACAAAGUGGCUCAGUAUAUUGUAGAUUUAUCAUGAGAUACAGACCAGAGAACAUCCAGUUUACCAGGAUCUGAAGAGCCUGAUUUCAUAAGUAAAUAGUCUUUUACUGACUCACUUGUACCAUUCAAAUACAGUAAUUCAAAUUUAGUUUGGCUGCUUGACAAAUUGAGAAGUUGUUUGAACACUUUUCUUUAACGCAAAGAGAAAACUUUCUUUUCCGGUCCUAUAAAACAAUAGUGUGAAUCGGUAUGACUAAUUUGACCCAACAACCCCCACCCUCUUGCACACAUGAAAAAACCUCACUGCAGUCAACCAAAUGCAAUCAGCCAUGCUCUGGGCACUCCAGUGUCUCACACUGCCAACAAAAACAAACAAAUAAAAAAAGAACCUAUCCAUGUGACACUGAUGUAAAAACUCCAAACAUGCACUAUGCAAAAGAAUGAAAUAUCAUGACCCUCUUUCUUUCUCCCACCUCUUUCUCCCCACCUCUUUCUCCCCCAAACUCAAAAUUCCUAUGAUAGCAGUGUCUCACACUGAAUGUAACUGACCUGUAGAACAGACUUUAUGAACUGAAAACGUGGUCUGUGUUAUUUAUGGAAUUAUCUCUUAAAAUUCAGGAUUGUUAUAUAUUUACUUUUGUUCUGUUUUAUGAACAAUGUCUGUUUGUAAGAAAAACGCCUGCUUCGCACUCAGUGGCAAACCCAUACUUGCCACCUUGCACAUUCACAGAACCAUGGCCAACGCCAGCUCCCUGACUUGUGUGCUUAUAGAACGCACACAUGUUCAAACAUAUACAUGUGUUUGCUGUAUGGAUUCAUUACAUUGUGUGUGCAGCUUAAUAUUUUGAUGUGCGAAACAGAUGCAAAGAAAGCCAGAUUCUAAAGCUCCUUGAUGAUAAGUUAAACACAGUGAUUUGUUCUUUUUGCACAAAGACCUUGUUGCAUUUCUGUUGGGAAUAUGAAUUGUUAUGCUCUUCGUGGGGAAAAAAUAAAAUCUUGAACUAUUUUUCAAUCGAUUUCAACAGAGGAAGAGGCUAGCAUAUGAAUCUAACUUGAUAAACUGCGGUUUGCAGCUUGAAGCAACAAGUUCGGUGAGUGCAGCUUCCUUUGUACUUUUGGCAAAGUGUGAACUUUUUCAUCAAAAGGGGAGAAAAUGAAUUUGUAUGGAAGUGGCAUUGAAAUCUAUCCAGGUGCUUGCAUUUUUUCACACCAUUCUCUCUUUAAUCUGGCAAUAGUGGGUGGGGGGAAACUCAACUCCCUCUUAGUUAUAGAUACAGUGGUACCUCUGGUUACGUACUUAAUUCGUUCCGGAGGUCUGUUCUUAACCUGAAACUGUUCUUAACCUGAAGCACCACUUUAGCUAAUGGGGCCUCCUGCUGCCGCUGCACUGCCGCUGCGCAAUUUCUGUUCUCAUCCUGAAGCAAAGUUCAUAACCCGAGGUAAUAUUUCUGGGUUAGCGGAGUCUGUAACCUGAAGCGUAUGUAACCUGAAGCGUAUGUAACCCAAGGUACCACUGUAUUCUAUUUCUCAGGUGUGUGUGGCAAAUCAAUACAUUCAGAACACUUGGUUUGAAGUGGGUUUAGUUGCACAAAAGAAUGUCUCAAAUGUUACAGCAAAGAGAGGUGCCUGCACUUUCACCAUGGGAGAACCAUGCCUUUUCUGUUAUGUUUUAAUGGCGCUGUCCCUUCCACCGAAAUGAAGAGGAAAAGCAGCUUACGCAAGAGCUCUUGUCUGCACACUGCAACACAGUCAGUGCUCUGGUUCAUAGUGUACCUUCUCCACAGCAAGUUAAUCUGCUUUUAUCUGAAAUAGUGUAGAUUUGUAAUGCUUGCAGAGUAUUUCUGUCUUGUCAACUGCUCCUUCUAGUGUUCCUGCAUAACUAUUAGAAGUUCAUUCUGUUUCUGCACUUGCUGGGCUAUUAUGGGAUGACUCUACGGUUGCUAGAAAUGAAGUGAUAUGGUUCAGCCUCUCUAACCCCCUAUGUUAUUCUACCUUUUUUUAAGGAAAAAAAAUCAGAUAAAAAUUGCAGAGUUUCUCACUUAUGCACAACAAUCAUGCCUUCUUUCAGAUUUCCAUCCACCCAUAUUGCUGAAAUAUAGUAAGCCGAAGAGAGAAAAAUUACCCCUCUUCAAACCGGCACAAUUUACAGUGCCUCUACCAAUUCCCAGAUAUUUUAUAUUGUGGACAAUGAAGGUCAGCUGCAUAUAUUACAUGUGGCAAGUGAUAAAAAUCAAGAGCAAAUCAAGCUUUAGAGCCAACUUGGUCAUAUUUAUGACCGUAUGUCAUUUUUAUGCUAGUGUCAUCAACUGGCAUUGUUCAUCAAUCAAAACAUUUAGAAACAGCAACCUUGCCCUCAGAGGUAAAUUUUGUAAUCACAACUAGUAAUAGAAUUUCUUUAUACAACUUUGUUUAUAACAUGCUCGAUGGAUUUAUUGACUUAAAACAAGACAGUUAUUUGUCCCUUUAAUAGACACUUUUCUCCAGUGAAAACCUAUAUCUCCUUUUCCAUGGAGCUUAGUUUGUGCCAGGGCUUAAACUCACAAAUCUACUUUCAAUGCCAGGUCUCAGCCUCAAAACAAUGAAACAACAAUAAAGCCAAAAAGUGCCUCUGGGUAUCUUUACCAUACCUUCUGAUCAUCUUUGAAUCAUCAGAAGAAGUGAUGGGUAAAGUCCUCAUGACUUACCUUACACUUAACACAUGCAUACCUGCAAACUCCUAGACCUCUUUGCAUCUUCUUCCUUUCCCUUCUCUCAGGCCUACUUGGAGGAAUGAGGGAUGCAGAAGGAGAAGCAAUAUUGGACGCUGCAUGGUCUCUUUCUCUUUCCCUCUCCAUCCAUCUCUCUGUGUGUGCAUGGAUGCCUAGCAGACAGCAACCCAAGCUCAAGGAUAGAAGUAUUGUAAGAAAGACAAGCAGCCAUGUUGAAAUAGAAAUUUCCUGGCUCUCCCUCAGGAAAUAGCUACUUCUUCAUUGAACACCAAUCUUUCCUAUUCACAAUUUAAUCCCCGAAGAACCAAUAGUGUGCCAGGUUAGGGGAGGAUGAUGACUUCCAGCAGGCCUUGCACUCUUAAAAAAUAAGCACCACCUUUCCAGUUGUGAUCUUAUGAUGCUCCUACUGUUAUUGGUGUGUCAAGUGCAGGAGAACUUCUCAGCUGAGUUUGUCCAAAAAUGUCCCUGAGUAGUCCUUUGCUGGUAAUGGCUUAAAACAGUGAUGAAAUUUUAUCUAUGAAUAUCCAUUCACUGCAGGUUGUGGAUGAAAAGCUUAUAUUUGUAAAAGUGCACGCACCUUGGGAAUUGCUGUGCAGCUUUGCUGAAAUUAUGCACAUCAAAUUGCCCCUGCAACCCAAUGACCUGAAAACCCGUGACUCACCAUUUAAGUGGAUUACCAGAUUCUUCAGUGUGGAUGAAAAUAUCAUCAAACCAGAGCAGGAGUUUUUCACUGCGCCAUUUGAAAUCGACCGUCUGUCAGACUUUUACAUACAGGACAAGGACACUUUCUUCAAUCCAGCAACCAGGAGCCGGAUAGUAAGUUCCCAACAUUUACAUAAGGAUGAAUUUACUUUCUGUUGGUGUAAAUAUCUAGGCCGGUUUUUUUCCCUAGCUGUUUUGAGCAUCAGACCAGCCAAACAAUGCGCGAACAAUGUUUUGCACCAUACAAUCAGUCUCUGGGGAUGGGUUGUAGCUUGGAGAAGGUUCAUUACUUGGAGAAGGGCCAAAUCUCAGGGAGAGAACUCCUGCUUUGUUGUGCAAAAGGUCCUCAGUUCACCCUCUGGUGUCUCUACGUUGAGCUUGAAAAUGCUUCUGUUUGAAACAUUGGAAAGCCUGCUGUCAAACAACGAACAGAAUACUGAGUUACAUGGACCAAUGGUCUGAGUCAGUAUAAGGUAACUUCCCAUGUUCCUCUGACUUUGGUUCAAAUGAGAACUUUUGGCUCAUUCUGCUGUGGGAGUUUUUAAUCCGACAACUUUUCUUGGUCUUUAUCAAGUACAUACAGUGGACGCUCGGGUUGCGAACGUGAUCCAUGCGGGAGGCACGUUCGCAACCCGCAGCGCCAUGUCUGGGCAUGUGCGGGUUGUGAUUCAAAGCACAAUUUAGUGCUUUUGUACAUGCGCGAGCGCCCAAACCCGGAAGUAACCCAUUCCAGUACUUCCGGGUUUCGCCACAUCCGUAACCCAAAAACGUGCAACCUGAAGCAGCUGAGGUAUGACUGUAGUUAUGUGAGCAAAUGUAGCCUGUGGGCCAGACAUAGGCAAACUCAGCCCUCCAGAUGUUUUGGGACUACAGCUCCCAUCAUCCCUGACCACUGGUCCUGUUAACUAGGGAUGAUGGGAGUUGUAGUCCCAAAACAUCUGGAGGACCGAGUUUGCCUAUGCUUGCUGUGGGCCAUGACUUACACAUAUUGUCCCCUGCAGCUUCUGUGCCUUCAAGAAAACUACUCUGUCACAAUCACAAAUGUUUUAGCUCAGAAGUGUUCCCAUCCUGAGAAAACUCCUUAAUUCCACUUUUAAUUUUAAUUUUGGUAGAUUUACAAAAAGGAAAGCACACCAAUAAAUAAACUUUAGAAAGGCGAACAUUAGAUGCAGACGCACAAAGCAUUUUUUUAUUUAAAAAAAGUCAAGACUCCUUGUGCUCUGCUCUUCUCCCCCUUUCUUCCUGCCCAGGGCAGCCCUGCCCUCUGCCUGCCCCUCAAAGCUGGUGCAUCACACAGGGCUGGGCCACAGCAGCUACAGUCUCUCUUGCCCACACUCAAGCAGUGUCUGCAAGCUGCCCAAGUGAGGAGACCGACAGCAGCAGCAACGGAGAGGCCAUGGAGAAGCAACAGGAUGCUCCAUUGCAGCCACAAUCACCGUCUUGUGGGACAAGUGCCAUCUCAUCUUCCUCCCCAAGUUCAGCAGGAGUAGAACUGGUGGGGAAAAUAGGGAUAUUCCAAGAUAAAAUCAGAAUCCAGGAUGGCUUUCGUAAUUCCAGGAUUGUCCCUGAAAAAUCAGGACACUUGUGGUGGGUAGCUCAGUUCUGCAAGUGACAACAGGAGUCUGGCUGAAGAAUGUGAGAGUUAGAAGGAGCAGGGGUGCCCCAUCACCCUUACUCCACUCACUGCAACCUGAAGUAGGAUUGAGUCAGGAGGAAAGUUCCUUGCUGGGCAGAGAAGCCUCUCUCUGUCCAUUUGCCAAGUUCCUGCUUCCAUUUCCUUUCUCCCUGAUUCACAGCGUAAACCUACCUCCCAUUUCAGAAUAUCUGUUCAGGCUACUUGCCCACUUCAGUGGUUUUCAUUUAGUAGUAAUACUUAAGGAACACUAUGUAUACUGCUCCAUGAACUGCCAUUUUAGGAUUAAUAAUGUGCCUGAUUAGCACUAUUAAGUAUACAUCAGAAGUGAAUUUGUAAAAGUCGGUCCCCUUUUGCAGGUUGGGAGUCGGCGGUGGGUCUUUAGUCUGGACCAGUUGGAGACCACUGAUCAAGACAAUGCAUAAUUUUAGACACUCCUACCACAUGAUAGAUGUCCCCUGAGCUUAUCCUGGUCUGAUUCUUCAUUAAUAAAGAACUUUGGGGGUUUUUUCAGGUUCACUUUAUUCUUUGCCGUGGGGAAUAUGCUAUAAGAGACAACGUGAGAAAGUUUGGAAUCAAUAAGCUACUGGACUCUGGGAUCUACAAAGCAGCUUUUCCGCUCCAUGAUGUAAGUCCAAUAUUUUUAAAAAGUGCCUUUCUGAAAAACCAAAGAAACAACCCUGCAAUCCUAUAAAUAAUCCUAGAAACAAUGAUACAAAAGGUUCUAUAGAAGCCAAUAAGAAAAUACUAGCUGGGCUUUUAGCUGUUUGUGGAACAUUCAUCCUGAUUUGCUUGUGCAAAAACUGCAAGGAGGCUAAAAAAAAAUUAACUACGUAUUUAGCAUUCAUUCUGAUUUGUUUGUGGGAAGGUAAUAUUAAUGUUUCAUCAAGGAAUUAUCAUCAUACACUUUCCAGUGCAUUUCGCUUAUCACAAAAAGCCUGAUUUGGGGGUGGGGAGUGAAUUUGUUGCACAACAUCUCCAAAGCAAUUAUAAUUGCUCUACCUGAAUAUGUCAGUAUGUGAUUGACACCCAAAAUCACACCCAAAAAUCAUAGCAGUCUGGAAGCACCCUGUAUGCCAAAUUGUGGCCUGUCUCUUUUGCAGCUAUUUCAGUGGACAAACAAUACAUUUUCUGGAAUAUUGCAAAAGUGACAUAUACCAUAUUUUUCCAUGUAUAAGAUGCCCCCAUGUAUAAGAUGACCCCUAUUUUUGAGCCCAAAAUUAAGAAUAUUUAAUUGCAACGUUCCGUGUAUAAGACGACCCCCAAUUUUAAACUUAAAAAAUGUAGGGAAAAUAUAGUCUUAUACACUGAAAAAUACAGUAUAUAUUUUAUACACAGCUUUAACAAAGUCACUACCUGGCUUUUGCCCUCAGUGUCUUUACAAGAAUUAUGUAUAUUUAGAGCAGUCUGUGCAAAAUACCAUCUAGUAUUGGGGAAUAUAUUGGCCCAUGGACCAAAUAACAAAAGUAAUUAUGCUUAGCGUCAUAUGAAGGAAGAUUCUGAACCUUUUAAAAGUACUCGGAUGGAGUAAAAUGGUUAUUUUAAACCUCAGUGAAUAAGACAAAGAAACAAUAGGAUUAUUUCUCUAUACGUUUUCUUAUUUUCAAGCUGCAACAAAAGAUGAAAACCCAGGCUUUAUUUUCAGGAAGUUUUUUUUAUAUCUUCCAUGUUGGUUUUGAAAUAGAAUUCCUGAGCUCUGAGUUGGCUUUAUUCUUUAGCCGUGUACAUUUUCCCUCCUUUCUUUUAACUCAGAGAUGCCAAUUUGACCCAUGCUUGUGGCGGGUAGCUUUUGCCGCUUAGACUCACAGUAGAGCUUUCUCCCUUGACUAGUGCAAUCAUCUCUCCCAAGGUUGUCAACUAUUCUUUGAGCUGAAAUAAAACUGGUGUUAUGAAACCUUUAUUUUCAGUAACGAUGGCUCUCUCAAAGGUGAAAACUCUUAAUUUUAUAUAUCUUUAUUAUUUGUAAACAGAAUCUUUUCGUGAGGUAAUGCUUUAUCAUCCAUCUUUGUGCUUUUGCCCUUCUAGACUGCGGUGUUUUGUGAUUCACAUGUUUUGUUCUUCGCUCUUCUUUUUUUGGCUACGUUUGCACUUUUUGAAAAUAAAUAAAUAUAAUAUAAAAAAUAAAAUGCAACUAGUGUGACACUGAUUCAUCACAUGGUGCUGGGCCUCAGUGACAUCAUCAUAAUCACCAUCAUCAUAUAUAUUUUUUAUACCCCGCCCUCCCCGGCCAGAGUCGGACUCAGGGUGGCUAACACCAAUAAAAUUACAAUAAAACAUAAUGGGGGGAGGGACAAACCCCCCCCCCCGUUUGUUAAAAUACGGGUUAAAAUAUAAUUUAAAAUGCAGCCUCAUUUUAAUAGUAGUCCAUAAAUCAAAACCAUAAGGGGAGGGAAACAUAAGGGUUAUACUGAGUCCAAACCAAAGGCCAGGUGGAACAACUCUGUCUUGCAGGCCCUGCAGAAAGAUGUCAAGUCCCGCAGGGCCCUAGUCUCUUGUGACAAAGCGUUCCACCAAGUCGGGGCCAGUACUGAAAAGGCUCUGGCCCUAGUUGAGGCCAAUCUAACCACCUUGUGGCUUGGAACCUCCAAAGUGUUGUUAUUUGUGGACACUUAAGGUCCUCCGCAGGGCAUAUCAGGAGAGGCGGUUCUGUAGGUAUGGCAGCAUCUUCUCCUCAAGAGAGGAGGCUGGCAGUAGCAGCCAGGGAAAGACCAUGGAGAGGCAACGAGAUGCUCCCUUGCCGCCACUGCUUGAGCGCAGGCUCAAUCUCCUUCCUGAGCUCAGCAGCAAGAGCACUGGAGGGGGAAAUAGGGACAUUCCAGCAUCAAAUCAGAAGCCAGGAUGGCUUUCGUAAUUCCUGGGCUGUCCAUGGGAAAUCAGGGCACUUGGAGGAUAUGCCAUCAUCCCUGACCGUUUGCCACGCUGAGUGGGACUGAUGGGAGCUCAAGAGUCCAGCAGCUCCUGGAGGGCACCAGGUUGAAGAAGACUGUUCUACUUAAUAUCUCUUAUAAUUCAGAGGAAGCUAGAAAUAGCCUCAGACAUUCACAUGUCAAAACGGGCAGCAUUAACCGUCUCUGUGGUUUUUUUCGGCAUAGUAUGGGAAGCUUCUGUGUCAAUUGCAGCAGCUACCAGGAAAUCAUUUAUGACUGCUGCGGCACAUUACAGCAGCAGCAUUACAAAAAUAAUGAUGAUGAUAAAACAUCAGAUUGUAGUUUCCUCUAAAUGAAAAAUGGUGUAAUUUGACCCUCAGGCAUUUCCUGGUAGGCCCUGCAAACGCUACAAGAGAAGCGAUUCCAUUUUUGAGCAGGGGACUGAAGAACAGCUAACAUUAAAAAGGCAUGACAUGAACUGUGCCUUCAAGGAGGUGGGAAUUCUUUAAUUAUCCACUCAAUACUCUGUUUCACAGUCAAGAUUCAACUACAAGUCACAGGAUCCCAACUGUCCAAAUGAGCGGUAUCUGCUGUACAGAGAAUGGGCUCACCCUCGAAAUAUUUUCAAGUUACAGCCCUUAGAUCUUGUCAGGUAGGUAUGGACAAGCAUGAGAGAGGCUGAAAGUCCUCUUCCAAUGUGAUCCCUCCCUGCUCCAUAUAUAAUCAUUAUUCGUAGAGAAAACAUGCAGAGUGCAGGUAGCUUAGUCAAGUCACCUUAAUUUGUUUCUCUUGAUGUUCCUUGGAGACAGUUUGAUUUUAUAUAAUCAUCUACUGCUUACAUAUUUGUGAGAAUGUUCAAGAUGCCUAAAUAUAUUUGUGUAAUGAAUAAGAAAACCAAGGUCCCACUUGGAAGUUAUCUCAAAGCCAUGUAAUUUGCAGCACAAUUCUAUGCAUGUCUAUCCACCGUAUACCCCUUCUCAUUCAGUGGGGCUUACUCCUGAGUCAUUGUCUAAGACUGCAUUGGAUUGCAGUUUUCAUGCAACUGAAUUAUUUGUUUCUUGAUAUUUAUAAUUGACCUUAUCCCUAACACUGUAGCAUAAAUGGAAAUCUUUGAAACCAGGUUUCUAAAAAAUGAAAUAAAUAUGUUAAACCCCCCCCCCAAAAAAAAAUGUUAAGCAAAAGCUAUAAAAACAGCCCUAAACCAAAAAUUACCAGGCUUACACGUCAGCAUAAUUACAAAAUAAGGAGGUUUCACAUUAGUAGAGAAUCCAACUGUGGAUAUUAUACAAAUUUUAACACAAGUGAAAUUGUUAUUGUGGUGCUCUGAUAGAGUUCCUUUGGGACAAGGUUCCCAAGGUUUCUUAACAUCUGUGUGACAAGCAGAAAUUUAAAAGACAAAAUGUAUUUUCUAUUUCUGUACCUCUGUGCCAGGAAGUGUCUUGUUAAACUUGCUAGGGCAAAAGAAAAAAGAUGGCAUCGCUGCUUCUGAAUGCUCUUGGAGAUCAUUCAUAAACACAGAAAAUGAGGCCUCAAGGUUCAAUUCCUUUAAGGCAGGCUUCCUCAGCCUCGUCCCUCCAGAUGUUUUUGGCCUACAACUCCCAUGAUCCCUAGCUAGCAGGACCAAUGGUCAGGGAUGCUGGGAAUUGUAGUCUCAAAACAUCUGGAGGGCCGAGGUUGAGGAAGCCUGCUUUAAGGAAUCUGGAAGCACAAAACUGAUGGCAGUACACAAUGAUCCAUGCAUGUCAGCAUUAAGUAUAAGGAGUUUCUCACUUCCCCAAAUUAUUGGAUUGAGAGGAAAUGUUCAUAGUUUCUAAAUAUGUGUUUUUAUCUGCAGGAAAUAUUAUGGGGAGAAAAUUGGAAUCUAUUUUGCCUGGCUAGGAUUCUAUACUCAGAUGUUACUCCUGGCAGCAGUUGUUGGACUCGGGUGCUUUUUGUAUGGCUAUUUCAUGAAGGACAACUGCACUUGGAGGUAACCUGCACCAGUUCAUGUCGUUCACAUUGGAUAUGAUCCAACAUGCAUAUGAUCCAGCAUAAAGAUCCAAAUCUCAUUAAGUGGACCAUACCCAAAAAAUAAUUUGUUGUUCCAGAGUUCAACAGAACUCAGUAGGAUUUUCAGUGCAAUCUCAAACAUAUCAACUCAGAAUUCAAUGGGGAUUACUCUCAAGUCAGUGGGGUUGAGACCGCAGCCUAAAUUACGAGCAUGCAUGUAUAGGAUUGCACUGUUUGUUGUUUUAUAAUAACAUACGAAUGGUCAAGUUAUUGUUUAAGUGUUCAAACAUAUUUUGAAAGAUUAGAAAAAGUUGCCACCUCUUUUGCUACUGAGGAACCACAUUCACAGACUUUCCAAGUGUCCCUAUUUUCCAGGGACAUCCUGAUUUAGAGAAGCCGUCCUGGUUUCUGAUUUGAUCCCAGAAUGUCCCGUUUUCCCUUAGGAUGUCCCUAUUUUCAUUGGAUAAAUGUUGGAGGUUAUGACGUUAUCUGAACCCCUGAGCUGUCUGAAGGCAAUUCUGUAUAGGGAAGUUUUUUUAAAAAAUGUUUAAUGUUUUAUUAUGUUUUAAUAUAUGUUGAAAGCUGCCCAGUGUGUCUGUGGCAACCCAGUAAGUUGUGUGGGGUAUAAAUAGUAAAAUUAUCAUUAUGGAAUGGGACAUCUGUCAUCAGAGAAAUGUUGAAGGGUAUGCAUUCAAUGUGAAAAGUAUGCUAAGGCCAGCUAAUCUUCAGUGUGUGCUACUGUAAUGCCCCACAAAUCUCCUAUCAUCUAUGACCCAUUUCCCAAACUUAUUUUUUGCCUCUGCUCUUACUCCUUUGUUUCAUAGUUCUCUAGAGUAAUAUAUUUUGCAGAUCCUCUCUUCUGGGCAUACCAUAGGCUUAGAGGGAAAUCUCAGCACUUCUUUUUAUACAACUCUCAGCUGAAAUCAGUGGGAAAAAAUCUGCUGUUGAAACUCACAAACCCAUAUAAAUAUUAGUUUGAUUUAUGAAUUUUAAAAAAUUGUGAUGCUAACGAUAAUAAAAUAAAACACAAAAUAGUGAUGGGGGAAAAUAAAGGCGGAAAUCAACAGGGCCAUGCUACACAAGGGGUUUUAGGAUUGUAGCCAAAGAACAAUGAAAGAUAAGUUACUGCAGUCUACAUACAGAAGAUGUGUUUGGAACGCAAUUGCAAGAAGUCACAUGGAGGGGUGGCAUUUUGGAAAGAGAAACAGAAGGUGGGAGAAGAUUAAGCAGUUUCUCCACUCAAUCAUUUUCCUGGAGAAUGGAGUUACGGAGAAGUUAUCGCUUCUCCAUAACUUGUUUUUUUCUGUACAAAUGGGUCGCUAUGGUAAAAAGCACUAUUGUAUGUAAAGUCUACUUUGGCCUUAUUGAAGUAACUGCAAAGUGGAAACUUAAGGGAAUAUAGCAUGCGGGGAGAACUAUGAAAGCAGUGAGUUAAGCAAUUUGUUAAUUGAAUUACUCAACAUCUCAGAUGGAUCCUUUCUAUUUUAGCCAAGAAGUCUGUGACCCGAACAUAGGAGGUAAAAUCAUCAUGUGCCCCCAAUGUGACCAAGAAUGUACAUACUGGAACCUCACAAUCACCUGUGAAUCGUCCAAGGUAACAACAACAUUUACUCUUGCGGAAUAUGGAAAGACAUUGUUUUCUGGGGCAUGAAAUUUUAUUUUGAAGCGAAGUUAGAAAUACAUGCAAAAGAAAAAAGAAAAGAAAAGAGGAUGGAUACUACAUAAUAAUACGAGACCACUAAUGAAAAGGGGAGAAUGCAACUUACUGAUUACAAUCAUUGAACUUGUGCGAAGGUUAAGUUAAAAGACAACCUCAGGAAAAGCUCAUUAGAUAAAUGUGUCUAUUUUUAUUUGACUGGGAUGUGAAACUUGAAGGCAAGUUCCUAUGCUGUCUUUCAGUAUCCUAUCUGUUUGCUCAAGUAAAUGAGUUUUGGCUUUAUGAAGUAUCCUUAGGAAAAUGGAUAGUCCAUUAACUUGAAUUGCUCCUGUCUACAUGUGGUUUGUCCUGCGCAUCUGUGUUUGAAUGAGGAAGAGUGAUAGUCUGGUGCUUCUAAUCGCAAGGCUGACCUGGCCACAAACUGUUUUCUUCUCCUUCAUAAAUAGAGUGACCCAAACCUCACUUUAGAAGAGUAAUAUAAGGGAUAUGAUAGAGAUGAAAGUGAAAUAAAUUGAAUAAACAGAGCAAAGAUAUGAAAUCAUUGUGUGUGUGUGUGUGUGUGUGUGUGUGUGUGUGUGUGUGUGUUUUAAUAGACCUAGACUUAGCAUGCUUUUCAUGUGAUAAGCUUAUCACAUUAUAGUUUGCCUUCCACUGGUAGAUCUUUUGUUUAUAUGAUGAUAAGAAUGCAACAGCUGGAGCUGCUAAUCUGUGAUAUUAGUUUUACGCAACCAUAUUAUCAUCUGAUGGUUGCUGCCAUCACAUUGGGAAUAUAUAAUUUUUGACAUUUCAUUUGUUUUCAGUUUGCUCAGGUUUUUAUGUAUGCGUUUAAUAUUCCCGACACUGAAACAUAUUUUGCCUCUCUUUUCAGGAUAAGUAGGCAUUAUAAAAUGAUUUGCCUUUAAAAACAAAACAAAAAAAACCCUUAUGUAUCACAUAUUUUGCCAUUUUCCAUAAUGUGGGACUAGAUUGGCAUUACAGUUCUGUUUUCUAAAACUUGGCAGAACACUAAAAAAAGGAAACUUUAUUUAACUAUAAAAUGCAGGCUGUUAUCAAGGCGACUUCUCAAACAGUAGCAAGCUGUGUGCCAUGGCCAUUGCUUCCAGUUGGCAAAUGCUUCCUCCCCUCUAGCAAGCAGAUGGUCAAUGUCUUCAGCUGAUUAGCUGUGGGGCAAGAAAGCAGCAAGGAGGUGUCUGAGUUCAGCCCUUCCCCAUAAAUGAUAAGGAAUGCUUUUCUUGAGGCAUUGUAUGCAUACUGCAGGAAUGCCAAAUGUCUAUGUGGGGCUUCCAUUUUCAUGGCAGAAGAGAUGGUCUGCCAUGUGAAAAUCUGUUUCCAUGCAUAGGUAGCCCCUCUUAUGAAAUUAGGUGUUGUGUAACAGCCUAUGUUCUUUAGCGGUGCCAAAAAACAAUGCAAAAUUGUAUGCUAACCCCUAUUUUUCUGAAUGCUUUCCAGAAGCUGUGUAUCUUCGAUAGCUUCGGAACACUUGUGUUUGCAGUAUUUAUGGGAGUAUGGGGUAAGCUAAUUUCAAAUACAUUAUUUGAGGCAGUAGGUUGGGGGGGCUGGGGGGGAUUAAAUCCAAACCAAAGCCAAAAUACAGUGGUACCUCGGGUUAAGAACUUAAUUUGUUCCAGAGGGCCGUUCUUAACCUGAAACUUUUCUUAACCUGAGGUACCACUUUAGCUAAUGUUUGUUGUAUGUGACACAUGCUGCUGUUGCAGUCAUGUCCCGCCUGCUUUGGAGCUUUCUAUAGGCAUCCAAUUGGCCACUGUGAGGAUGUAGGGCUAGACUGGCUGGGCCUUUGGUCCGGUCCAGAGGAGCUCAGCUCUCCUUAAGUCCUUCAGCUUCCAUAUGUGCUCAAAAGGCACAGUUUUUGCAACAUUAGUGAAGCAUUCCUCUUUUCUCCAUUGUAAUCAGUGUAGGCCCAAUUCCUACAUUGUGCAGAAAGGACCCAAUUCCUACAUUGUGCAGAAAGGAUCUCCUGGUAAUAUGGCUUCUGGCAAAGGCCCUCAUCUGCACAGUACUUAGAUCAUUUGGGUAUAUAAGCUGUGAGACAAUCUUUAGGAUAUCCUGGUCCCAAACUGUAUAGGGCUUUAUACACCAAAGCCAGCACAUUGAAAUUUACCAGGGGACACUGGUAGUGCUGUGGGUUAAACCACUGAGCCUAGGGCUUGCCGAUCAGAAGGUCGGCGGUUUGAAUCCCUGCGAUGGAGUGACCUCCCGUUGCUCUGUCCCUGCUCCUGCCAACCUAGCAGUUCGAAAGCAUGUCAAAGUGCAAGUAGAUAAAUAGGUACUGCUCUGGCAGGAAGGUGAAUGGUGUUUCUGUAUGCUGCUCUGGUUUGCGAGAAGCGGCUAAGUCAUACUGGCCACAUGACCUGGAAGCUGUACACCGGCUCCCUCGGCCAAUAAAGUGUGAUGAGCACCACAACCCCAGAGUCAUCUACAACUGGACCUAAUGAUCAGGGGUCCCUUUACCUUUACCUUUUCUCAAUGAAAAGAACAGUAACAGCAGAGAAGGGUCCCUGAAAAACAGUGGUAACCUUCCCCUGCAAUGUGUAUCUCUAAAGGAGACUUGAGUAUGUUUUAGGUCAGGAGUGGAGAACCUGUGGCCUUCCAGAUGUUAUUGAAGUACAGUGGUACCUCUGGUUGCGAAUGGGAUCUGUUCUGGAGGCCUGUUUGCAACCUGAAAAGCCCGCAACCUGAAGCACCGUAUCUGCGCAGGUGCGCAGCGCGAUUUGGCGCUUGUGCGCAUGUGGUGAAACCCAGAAUUUACCCUUUCCGGUACUUCCGGGUCGCUGUGGGACGCAACCUGAAAAAACGUAACAUGAAGCAAACGUUACAUGAGGUAUGACUGUACAGCUCACAUAAUUUCUGACCAUUGGCCACACUGGCUGCUGUGAGUUCUUUCUGCACGUAUAGAAAUAAUGAUGCAUCACAAAAAGAAGACGAUUUAAGUAAAAACAAAAAACAAAAAUAGUUUCCACUGUUUUCCUUAUAAACACCUGGUUGCCAUUCCAUCAACCGGCAAGAUUUGACUCCAUUUCUUCACAGAUUGGCAAAGAAAACUAAUAAACCUUGGAUUCAUAAUCCUCAGCAGCUAAAAUUAUCCUUGCUUAAUCCUUCUUCAUCAGUUACUUUGUUUCUGGAGUUUUGGAAAAGACGGCAGGCUGAGCUGGAAUACGAAUGGGACACUGUUGAGUUCUUGGAGCAAGAAGAACAUGUACGUCCCGAAUAUGAAGCGAGAUGCCAUCGCGUCGUAGUGAACGAAAUAACACAGGUCUGGAUGGGUGUUGUUUUUUUUAAUGUGCUUGGACAUCUUAUAAGAAAAGUUCUUUGGAUUCUAUCAAGUCCAGUAUUUUUGUCAGGAGUCAGAUCUGUUUGUAGAUAUGUAUAUCAGCUAAGCUGAAUGUAAUGUAAUUCGGACAAAGAAUCACAACUUGGUACUACUAUGCCCUUGUUUGCUGGUAUUUUUAAGAAUGUUGUUGUUGAUUACUGGUAGUUUUAACUUGCAUUUUUUAUGUUGUACCCUGCCUUGGUAUUGAUACCUUAAGCAAAUAAUAUAUAAAAUAAAAUAUUACAUAGAUAAAACUCCAACCUCAGGAAUUUUGGGUGGAAAGGCUUGGAAAAGCUCUUCAGGAAACCUGGGAUUGUAUUCACUGUUAGUAAUUCUUGGCAUAAAUGAACAAACAUGACUAACAUAGGCUGGUUAAUUUCAGUGGUUCUUCUCUGAGUAUAACUUAGUUAGAACCGAGUUGACAGACCCUCCAAGUGUCGCUAUUUUCCAGGGACAGUCCCGGAUUUACAGAAGCUGUCCUGGUUUCUGACUUGAUCCUGGAAGGUCCCACUUUUCCUUAGGACAUCCCUGUUUCCAUUGGAGAAAUGUUGGAGGGUAUGGAAUAGGAUGUCCCUAUUUUCAUCAGAGAAAUGUUGGAAGGGUGAAUUUGAUGUCCACAUCACUGUUGACAGUACUAGGAGAGAGCAGAAACUAGUUUUGAGAUAUAGUAGUUUUUUACAGUCUUAUUCCAGUUCCUGUUAUUCAGUCUUGAUUUUCAGCAGUAUUAAUGCUUAAAGAUGCUCAAAAUAUAAAUAUAUUUUUUAAAAACCUAGAAAUUCUGACAGGGUUGUUUUAAAAGUCAGAUCAGAGGUUUAGGUGAAGUGAAUUAGUGUGAUAAUCUUUGUCUUUGCUAACAGUUACAUCGAUUCUCACCACUGUCAGCUGUCAGCUUUUCGUAACGAAAAUUGGCAAAUGUGUUGCCAAUUGAAAUCCUACAAGAAUCACUCAAAAUUAAGAGGACAAAAUAAUCUUUGAUUAACCAAGAGAUAUUGCUAACAGAGAAUAGAGCGACAGUAAAGAAGCUUUACAUAAGGAGCAUAGGGAGGUUCCAUAUACUUGUGGGGUCGUCCACACUUCUACUUGUCCAACUGCUUCCCCAGGGAAAGCCACUCUUUACCACAGAAUCAGAGCAAACAUUAGUUGGGUUUCCCAAGGAUUGACAUUUGCGCCAAUUCAGCAGUGAAGAGGGGGAUUCCCCAGAGAAAGUGGCAGGGCAUACCAGUGGCGUAGUGGAGGUGGGCACGGGGCAGUUGCCUUGGGUACAAAAUUGUUAGGAGCACAAAAUUUCAAUACCCAAUGCUGCCUUAAUACAGCUGCACGUUUCUUUGCUGGGCUCUAUUGGAAACGGCUUCUCCAUGUGAACCAGGAAGUGACCUCUCCAGACCAGGCAUAGGCAAACUCUGACCCUCCAGAAGUUUGGGGCUACAAUUCCCAUCAUCCCUGAUCACUGGUCCUGUUAGCUUAUGGUUACCAGAUUUUUUCAAUGAAUCCAGGGACACUUUUUUUUUUUUUAAGCUGAGUAGCAACAGGGAGUCAGUAGUGGGGAUGGUGAGGCAAAAGACCCUGGGUGCAAGCACACAAGCAUAUUGUACAAAGGUGCAAGCCCUUCUUUCACACCCUGUGAAACAUAAAUGCACAGAGUUUUUAAAAAAACUGGGCAACGGUGCGCUGCGUGCCCAUGACUCCUGAGCCUUCCCCAAUCUCCUUCCCCCUUCUCCCUUUGUUUUGACAAAUCAGGGGAGGCUCGGGAGUCACAGGCGGGCGGCCGUUGCCCAGGAGGGGCCAGCCUGGUAGUGCAGUUAGCGCUGGCUGGCUUCAGGAACUGCUCGCUGUUGUGGUACAGGAAAAAUGAUGGGCGCCACGGCAGCGAGCAGCUCCUGAAGCCAGCCAGAGCCAACUGCACUAACAGGCUGGCUCCAGGCUGCUAAGGCUUCCACUGCCAUGUUUCCCAGGGACAGAUUUGCAAAUCUGGGGACAUUCUGGGUCCAGGAACAGAUUUGAAAAUCCAGGGACUGUCCCCGAGACAUCUGGUAACCCUAUGUUAGCUAUGGAUGAUGGGAAUUGUAGUCCCAAACAUCUGGAGGGCUGGAGUUUGCCUAUGCCUGCUCCAGAAAAUGGAAUGGCUCGUCUUUUCUUAUUUCAGCGGCUGCGAUCUCCUGGGUCAUGUGGACACCAUUAGGCAGUUGAAUGCACAAAUGUGCUCUGUCCAUUUCCUUCCUUCCCUCCCACCCCUCCACAUGGCCCCGGGCUCUGGCAACCUAAGCUACACCCCUGGGGCAAACAGAAAGCUGUUCAGACCCGUGCCUAAGAAAGCAUGGAUCAAGCAGAAAACCAUUCGGACCCAUGCAUUCUAGUGUGGAAGGGUGGACGAGCUUUAAAGCAGACCGCUAACCCAUCUGUUCACACAGACUGGCAGCUGCUCUCCUGGGUUUCAGACAGGAGUUUUCCUAGCCUGGGAAUUCAUCCCAAGAGCCUCACACAUUUAAAGGAUAUGCUCCACUACUGAGCUCUGGCCCUCAUUCUGUUAUAUUUCAAUUACGUAUUCAAUUAUAUAAUAAGUUUGUCACUGCCUGAGUACUGCACAUUUUAAAUUCAUAGUUCGGCUCUGGGGGGAAAGACCCAAACUUAUUCUAAUGACCUAGUAAAGUUCUCAUAUUAGAACUUUAUUUCAUCCUGGAAAGGAGGCUGUUCUGAGGGCAAGUCUCGCCGUCAAUAAAUAAGGCUCAUGUCAUCAGCCAUAACUAGGACUCAAAGGAUAUAUUUCAUAGCAGAUUGUAAUUUACGUGGAGGAUUAUGGAGUAAAGGGGGAUAGUUUACAAUGCCUUCCCAUAACCUCCAUCUGAAAUGAGUUGAUUUAUAUUUUCUAAAGCAGGGGAACUAUUUAAUAUGAUGUUGGGUAUGAGGCAGGUGCUUGCAUAAUAUACUACAACACACAUCUAAAGCUAUAUGAUGAAAAAGAAAACCACUCUAUGACUGCAAUGGGUGCCAUGUGAACAGAAGUUUAUUUAUUUAUUGUAAUAUUGAUGCACCAGCUUUUUUUUUCUUUUCCUUUUUUAGUGUUCACAGGUGGUUUCCAAAAAAACCAAACAUACACAUGAAAAUAAAUCCAUUUUUUACAGUAUAAAGCAAUUUAAAGCUAGCUCUCUCUCUCUCUAUAUAUAUAUAUAUUUAAAAGUAAGAAACCUCCAACUAAUUUUGGAUAACAAUGCUUUCACCAGCAAUAUUCAACUUUCACAUGGCUUUUCAGCUCAGAGAUACGUGAGAGGGACCUCUUUGCUUUGAGUUACACUUUUGAAUAAGGACUGGCUGAGUGGUUCAGAGAUCUGAUUGGCUAGAGAAUGGUAGAUUGACAGAAAUGUCUGCAGAGCCUCUCUUGAAUUCAAAUGGAAGGAUUAAAUGUGUGUGAAACAGUAUGCGGUUUUGAUUUCAUUUUGUAUUUUUUUUUGUAAUCACUUGCCAUUAUCCUUGGUAGGGCUGUGCCCCAUUAGUUCUAGUGGAACAACCUCCCACUGCCUGGUUCUGAGCAGAGACUACUGUUGGAACUUCCCAGGGGACAGAAUUCCUGAUGCCUGGAAUCCUUAUCUUCUCAAGGAUAAACUCUAGAGCAGAACUUAUUGGCAGUACUUGAAACACUAUGCAAGUUGUAUGGGAGAAAGAAGCUCCCUGAGAUACUCAGGGCUUUACUGGUUAAACAAAAACAAUAGCUGCAGUACUUUGAGUUGUCUGAAAGAGUCUGGAAUUUGUUGCAAACAGUCGCAAAUAGUUUCAUUACCAAGAAAUGGUGUGAUGACUUUGUCCUUACUCUGAAAGAAUGGUCAACAACAAAUUGGAAGGUGGCUAAAAUGUCAAGCUUAACGAUAUAUAUCUUUGGCUGAGGAAUGGCAAGAAACUAUUUUAAUUUUAAUUUUAUGAAGACCGAAUAUAGUUUACGUAUUAAGAGUUUUUGUGACACAUGGCUGGUAUUGAUGUUUAUACACCUAUGCAUUAAAUUCAAGUUGCUAAAAUGACCUAAAUAAAUAUCUCACCUGAGCUUUAUCUCUUUCAUUCUGUAGUCCAAUACAGCAAGAAUAUUGAUACUCAUGAAGGCAUGCCAGCUAAUUUGCACCUAAUAGCAUCUUCCCAAACAUGGAGAAUUCCAGAUUAGCAUUUAUGAAUAUGUGGCAUUUUUCCAACAAUAUUUUUAUUCUAACAUUAUUAUCCUCCAGUAUUGAAAUCUAUCUUCAGCCCUUUGAAGAAAAAUCUUUUGUUCUCCAUUUUUGGUGCUGAAAAGCAAUGAAAUUGUUUUUCUCACUGUUUUGUUCUUUGUUGCCAAUUCUUUAAUGUUUUUGUAGUAGCAUAGUAAAGCAUAUCACCUACCACUCUCACCUAGGGGGAAACUGCUUUCAGGUUAUGCUAUGGUGAUCAGAUACCUAUUUGUUAUUGCACAGCGAGUAUAAUUUACUUUUACUUUUAAGUCAGUUGAUUAUUGACCUGAAUGGGUCUAAACUGCUUGCAUCUUGUGUUAAACAAUAGCUAAUGUUAGUAGUGAGAUUUUUGAAACUGCAUUAUUUUGAGCAUUAUUUCAAGCAAAUCUCAGUGCUGUCUCUCUGCUUUCAACAAAGAGAAUUUUCUAUAAUCCUUUCAAAUUGUAAGCUUUUCCUUUGACAGAAACUUUAAAGCACAUUUUGCUUUUUACUUUUACUUAAAAUCAAAAAGGUGGCAGAGCAACUUUUAAACUGAUGCCAGGGAAGGAGAAGAGGCAUGUCUGCCUUGGAACAAAUCAUUGUCCAUGGAUAAAGCAGAAAAUAUUUGUGAUCAUUCAAGUGCAGGAGAGGUAGAACCAGAGGGCAGUGUCACAUGACAGCAAUUCAAAGAAAUCAAUAUAUUUUUCACAAUAUGUUUUUCAUACAUUUGGAAAUGAUCCACAGAAUUACUUUAGGCAUGGCCAAGGCUUCGGAACCUUUGAAGAGCAUAUCUCCAACGUAUAUCUAGGGCUAGGCCAAGACAUUAUUGCCGCCUGAGGCAAAACAGCAAAUGGUCCCACCACUGCCAUCACCCACACACUGACACAAAUGUCAUGGUGCCAAGUACCCAGUGCUGAUUAGUUUAUUUUCACCUUCAGAGAGAAGAUAGGGUGAUCAUAAAUUAGAUAAGUUAACCAUUUGCUGCCCUUCCAUGACACCCAAAACCUGUCGCCUGAGGUAACAACCUCUCUCUGUCUAACAGCAGGGCCAGUGUUGGGGGAUAUCGUGCACUGCUUUUGAAAUUCCUUACAAUUCCAAAAGCCUUUUCCUAAAUUACAUUAGGAGAGCUGUUGUUCUGAGAAACCCAAAGCUCCUUUAGAUGCAUGGAACUAGUUGCAUAGUUUUUUGGGGGAAGCCCAUGUUUUUUGGGGGGAGUAUGUGAUUUUAGCAUGAUAACCCACUAAACCUCUCAAAACUAGAUUCAACAAUGCUCAGAAAGGUUGAGGACGAUAUGUGAAGCUAAGUAUUUUAAUCUGGAAACAUAAAAAAACACAAACGAACUGUUUUCCUGAAACACUGGGCUACGUGAAAAAGAAAUGUGCAUAUUAACAAAGGGAAUUCUUUCUCAAUCCCCUUUCUUCACAGCAAGAAGAGCAUAUCCCCUACACAGCUUGUGGAAAGUGCGUGAGGAUGACCUUCUGCACGAGCGCUGUCUUAUUCUGGGUAAAUUUUCCACAACUGCCGCUUGUCAUUUAUUUAGCUUCGUCAGCAUGAUAGAUUCUGUAAAGCUUAAAUGGUUAUGGCCCCUUCCUGAAGGACGGCUCUUCCUGUGGUGGACUCAUUUCUCAUGGCUGUACUGCUUCAGAAUUGCACAGGCCUUUUCUUUUCUUAAAAACAGAAAAAAACACAACUUAGUACAUUAAUACAUUUCUGCACAUGGAAAUCUCAUAUCGGAGAAAGUUCCGGCCUGACAUUUUAAAGCUUUUCAUGGGUUAUUUUUGUCUUAAGAACACUUUGAAAAACAGCUCUCCUUUCAAAGGAGACAGUGCAAGGCACUGCGAGAAUUGAGCCAUGCGAGCAACUGUGCCUUUAAACUGGAUCUCAGAAUGGCAAGGAUUCCUCACUUUGUUCUCCCUCACCUCCAAGAAAGCAUCUUUCUUGCUUAUGCCAGGCUUGAUCCCUUACCUUGUCCCAUUUUCCCUCUUUUUAUGCUAUCCUGCAUUGAAUUUCAGGUGUUUUUGCCUAGCUGGACUUCUCUCCUGAUGGCUCCAUUUCUGGAUUUCUGUCUCCUUACUCCCAUCUCGAUCCCCCAUCUCUUCUGAACCCCCUUCUUACCUCUUGUGCAUCAGCUUGAGUUCUUGGAUACUUUGGCUCAUUUCCUUCACAGGUUAUAUUUCAAAGGUACGUUUUAAAACAUCUACAAAUGAUACGUAUGUGCACAGCAGAACAUGAUACCAGCAGCUUCUAUAAUAGGACUCAUGUUCUAGGGAGCCGAGAUAGAUAACGGCUGGCCUGGCACUUGGGAGAAAACAUAACGGUUUUUUGCCGUGAAGUGAUGGUCAGUCCAAACCUCGUUACCUUUCCUGCCACUUUUUUCAGACGUGUUGUUCCAGGCAUCUGGUUCAAUAGUGUGUUACAGAUUACAGUGGUACCUCAAGUUACAUACGCUUCAGGUUACAGACUCCGCUAACCCAGAAAUAUUACCUUGGGUUAAGAACUUUGCUUCAGGGUGAGAACAGAAAUCGCGUGGCUGCGGCGCAGCGGCAGCAUGAGACCCCAUUAGCUAACAUGGUGCUUCAGGUUAAGAACAGUUUCAGGUUAAGAACGGACCUCCAGAACGAAUUAAGUACAUAACCAGAGCUACCACUGUAAUGGGUAUUUUCCUACCCGUUUCAUCUGAUUAAGAGAGCAAAGCUGGGUGUUCUUUGCUCCCCACCCCCCACCCCAAUUCCAGCUUAAUUCAAAGGAGAAACUAAAAGAAGUCUAUACAGCCAUGGGGGGAAAUGUGUGGCAUCGUGGAAGAGUUUCAAAAAUAGUUCCAAUGUGCACUAGCCAAUGCCAGUGGUAGGAUUGUCAUUAGCACGGCUGUAGAUACUGCCAUGGAAGUGCUACUGUAAUCUUCCUCUUAAGGAACAUACCACAGGGCUACGAGAAGGAAGGACAUUGCAAUGAGCAGAGGCAACUGGCAAAAGGAGGGAGCUAAAAUUAUAUUCAGGGCUGGAGGGGUGAAAUUUAUUACAGAGUGCUGCACUGCAUGCUAUUCUUGUGCUCCUGUCUAUCUCCCUUUCUCCACUUUUCCUUUCACCCUCCAUUUCCAGUUCCCAGUGCUCACCUAUGUGUUUUCUCCCGCACAAAUAGAUAUUGUGGAUGCUGUUGUAGGAAAUGUUUUCUGUACCAGAAAUGAAGUAGAAAAUUCAUAGGUUGCCAGCUUUCAAGAAGUAAAAUCCAGGACAACAAGUUGUUGAGCUUUUUUGAGGAAGACUCAAGCUUUUUUUCUGAGAAAAGCCAUCAAAAUACAAAUUUUCAAUUGACUUGCCUAAGAUCCAGGACAAUUUCCCCCCAGAAAUUCCCCCCAGACAUCAAUUCUGGCUUGGAAAUCCCGGUACUGUCCAGGAAAAUCUGAUCAUAUGGCAGCCCUAAGAUUCAGCAAACCCAUAUUUACUGUUGGGGAAAAUUUAAUGUCUUAAAAAAUGAGUUAUGAUUUGGGAGUUUAAUUAUGUUCAGGAAGUUUUAUUAUGAGAGGAACGAAAUGCAUUGUAGGUAUAUGCAUCAGAAUAAUAGUAUAUUGAUUGCUAUAUACAACAAAUCAGUGGCAUAAAGGAAAGUGCAUGUUAACGAUUGCAUAAACACUUACUGAUACAUUUAAUCACACUUUUGAAUAAUGUAUAAAUCUAAUAUAUUUGUAUUUAUAGUUUCAUUUACUUUUUCUGUAAUUAUAUAUGUUACUGUGUUUAUAUAAUAAAUUCAUCAAUUAAAUAUCUGUGUGUGUGUGCAUGCUAUAUAUGUGUAUAUAUGUGACACAUAAAAUAUAUCAUGCUUACUGCAUAGCAGUUAUUUUGUUAUUUGAUUUCAGAUCCUGCUCAUUAUCGCCUCGGUUAUUGGCAUAAUUGUUUACAGGCUGUCUGUUUUCCUGGUGUUUUCCGCGACGCUCCCAAGGCAUAUCAAUGGCACCGAAGCCAUCCAGAAGUACUUGACUCCACAAGCAGCAACUUCGGUUUCUGCUUCCAUCAUAAGCUUCAUCAUCAUUAUGAUUCUGAACAUGAUUUAUGAGAAAGUAGCAAUCAUGAUUACUGACUUUGGUAAGAUGCCCCAGCUACAAAGCCUUUCAGAGUAAAUGGAGAAAAACAUUGUGUUCUUAAGGGGUAACUCAGCGAAACAGGAUGCCUCUGCCAUGUAUUUGAGAACUUUCCCCACCAUUGCUUGCAAUGACUUCUAAAGAUUUUAAAGUUCAAGCUUUCUCAGUUAACAAAGAAAUGACAUUCAGCUCCUUGCCUAAGGAAUCCUUCUAUAGCCAGCAUGAAAGAUCAAUUGUUUACAGCUGUAUAUUUAUGAAACUGACAAAGCACAGAAGAUUACUGUAAUAAUUCCAGCCUUAUGAAAAUGGAUCAGCACUGCAUAAUGCAUUCAAUUACAUUCGGUAUUGUUUAUAGAUAGCGUAGUCAUUUUCUUGUAAAUAAAAAGUGAAAGAAUCACUGUUUGAAACCCUUCAUGCCUUAGUAAAUAGCGAAAACAGAGCAAACACUGCUGGUUUCCUUCCCAUCCAGGUCAUUUACAUUAAAGGAGCUGUCCUAUUUUGGCGCAUCUAAAGUAGCUUCAUUUUAAUAUUCUUUCAUUUGCAUCACAUCAAAAUGUUAUGUUCAUUAUGUAUUGAAUCUGCUGGAGGCUUUUUGCAUUGAGAAUUGCUGCUUGUUCUUGUGUGGAAGAGCACAUAUUUCCCCCCUUUUUAUAACACGUUGUCAUGAAAUUAACAUAAUGGCUACAGUAUAUUAGAGAACUCCAAAUAAUCUAAAUUAUAAAGAUGUAAAUUGUAUUCAAGUCUACGACAUACAUAUCUCGAAAGCUCUUCUCGAGUUAACCAUUUCUCUCUCCCUCACCCCUUAAACUACAGAACUGCCAAGGACGCAGACCGAUUAUGAAAACAGCCUCACCAUGAAGAUGUUCUUGUUCCAAUUUGUCAACUAUUAUUCUUCCUGUUUCUACAUUGCAUUCUUUAAGGGUAAAUUUGUAGGUUACCCUGGCGACCCUGUUUAUUGGCUGGGGAAAUACAGAAAUGAAGAGGUAUGAAUGAACUACCUGCAGUGGGUUUUCCUCUCUUCAUUUUUAAUUUUUUUUCAGCUAGAAGUGUUAGGGUCAAGCCAGAUGUUACACAUAGAUGGAAGUAACAUUAGCCAAAUAUCAUUUUUAAAGAAUUUUUGUGCAGAAGGAAAAGCAGAUGCUUAACCCUUUCCUGACUAACUGCUUUUCAUGAACUUCUAAGUAGGAAAACAGACAGAAGAUGAACACUGCUGCUUCUGCUGCACUUUUCCCAGUUCCCCCUUCAAAAGCUUAAUUUGACUUUUGAAAAGCCCAUUGUGGUAAUAUUAUACAUGUAUGCGUGUAACAUCUAGUUUGGCCCUGAAUCUUGGCCACUUCAUCAGUUUCAAGAGAUACAUGGGAAGCAGGGAUGGUAUUAAGGAUUGGUGGGAUUGCGAUCUCGCAAUGGUAAACUGAAGAACUCAGCUUCACAGCUACCACCAUUUUGAGCUGAGUCCGAAGUCCUCCAAGCUCAUAUUCCACCAAACCUCAGGUGCCGUAGCUUCUUGCAGCCACCACUGAUCCCCCUCCCCCCAAAAAAUAACUUAGCUACAAUGGUUUAGGGAAGUUUUUAAUGUUUGAAGUUUUAUUCUGUUUUUAAUGUUCUGUUGAAAGCCACCCAGAGUGGCUGGAGAAACCCAGCCAGAUGGGUGGGGUAGAAAUAAUAACAUGAUGGUGAUGAUAAUAUGAUGAUGGAGAGGCCUCACAAAAUGGUCAACGUUGCUUGAAAUAGCAGGUGAUUUGCUUACUUCCCUUAAUGGCUGUGAACACUGCAAAUGGCAAUACCACUAUAGACAACAUGGCGCUGUUACUAUUCCAUACCUGUAAAAAGAAUCUUUGGGGCUGCUUCAGCUCCUCCACUCUCCCCACCACUACCCCACAUAACUAAAGUGUGAGAAAUGUAAGUGCCCUGAUUCAGGUCAGGGCACUGACAGAAGCAGAUAGGGCCAGCCCAAGACAUCUUGCUGCCCAGGACAAAGGCAAUAUGGUGCCUUUCACUCUGUGAUUCUUCUUUCAACACUGACAAUAGGACGCAAACCUGCACCAUAUCCGAGGACAGCAAGCUAACUUUUAGACCCAAGGCAGGCAACUGCAAGGCACUCAGAACCCUCCAACUUCUUGCUUCACUGCCUAAAAGCAGGGCGAGUUCUGGAAGUAGGCUUCUGAGCGAGUGUCCUUGACCGCAAGAUUAACUAUAUGCUAUCCCCACGCUGGUAAUCAAUUAUUUUGGAGGGCACAGAUUAUGGUUAAAGGUAAAUGUAGUUCUGCUGCAGACAUUACACAAGUUUAGCCUCUAAACUCUGUGAGCUGAAGACUACAGGAGCCAUAUGUAAGCUAUUCUUUGCUUUUUGAAGAAAAAGUCUGGUAUAAAUGAAGCAAAUUUAUUAAAAAUGAAGGUGUUACAUUUUUUUAGUAAUAAUCACCAAUGUUAGAUGGUUUGUGCAUUUUUCUGGAGAGUUAUCUGAAUAGAAUGAUGCCAAACAAAACAUUAUGCUAGUCUUUUUGAAGUAACAGAAUAUAUUUUAAUAUGUUUUCAUUAAUUGAAAGUUCGUUCCCUGCAGCUAAUGAGCUGGAAAAAUUCAUGUCCACCCUCCCCUUCUUCUUCCAAUCCUAGUGUGAUCCAGGUGGAUGUCUCCUUGAACUUACAACACAACUGACAAUAAUAAUGGGAGGCAAAGCAAUCUGGAAUAAUAUACAAGAAGUGCUUCUUCCGUAAGUAAAUAGUGUUGAUAGCUAGGAGUCAAAACCAAACCUGAAUUUGAAUACAGGGUGGUUGUUUUUAGUGAACCUGAAUUUAAACCUCUUGGUUGCUUUGAGCUCACAGCAGAAGGCAGCCCCUAAAACACAAAAAGCUGCAACUGAUUUUUUUUUUAACUGUUUUAAUGAUGAGAAAUUCAUGAGGACUCCAUAGGAGGUGAGAAACAGCCUCAUCCAAUCCUACAGAUUUGGGAAUUAUUAAUGAACAGUGUGAUAGUUGUGCCUUAUUUUACUUUCUGAAACGUAGGACUGGUUCAAACUAUGACAUGUUGGAAAUUUUAAGAAACAAGUGGCAGAGGAUUAAAGCAAGGUCCAGAAACAUUAGUCUCCAUCAAUGGAAAACACAGCAACAUAUGCUUUUGACCACGAAGAGGUCAUGAAUGGAAUCCCUAUUCUCUAUUGUUUUGUCUCCAUUAUUUUUUUAAGGUAGAAAAAUGAGGAUCCAAACAGGCCAAAUCCAUCAGAGCCUAUACAGAUGAACUAAUGGAUGGAUCUCCCAGUGUAACAUGUAGCUUGACCUUGGCUGUAUCUGCCAGAAAAGGCAAAACUGAGCCCAUUAUUAUCAAAGCAAAGAGGCAGACUUAGCUAUUCCAUAUUGGACAAAAAAUUGCAUGAUUUCUACCAUAAAGAAUAAAUCUAGCUGGUGAUCUCCAUUCAUAGGUGGCUUAAGAACCUGAUUGGAAGAUUUUGUUCAGCUUCACGGUCUGAGAAAGUUGUCCCUCGCUGGGAACAGGACUACCACCUUCAGCCCAUUGGCAAACUUGGAUUGUUUUAUGAGUAUCUUGAAAUGGGUAAGCUGGCUGCUAUAAUUCUUUUUCAUAAUUAACAUUCUAUUAAAUAAAAGUGGGAUGGGUGGUUUUUUCUAGAUUGGAUGGCUGGGCUAUUCCUUUCUUUAAAAAAAAAUCUGAACACAGAGUAUUUAACUGUGGUUGUACACAAGACAUUAGGGUUGCACUUACCUGAGAGUAAACACCUCUGGAUACAGUGGGGCUUUACUACGGAGUGAACAACCACAUGAUUGUUCUCUAACUGUACUAUUUAAUGUUGCUCUCUUGCAAAUAUAUAUAUAUAAAGAUUUCCACACACCCCAUGUCCUGAUUGGCAUUAUAAAUUCCUUUUUACAAUGGCGUUGGUUUCUUGCUGGCUACAGAGUGCAGAUAAUGAAUGGAAUCAACUAAGUAUUACUCAAAGUAAUUUACUCAGAAUGAAUGAAGAUGACUAAGACGAGUCCAUUAGUUUCAAUGGAUCUAGUGUGUGUAAAUCUUAGGUGAAUAUCACCCAUAGACUUUGGGUAACUUUCCCAUAUUUUUCUAAUCCAAGAACCCAGCUCUUUCCAGUGAUCUAGAAUAGCUCUGUUUAGCCACUGAGUUUGGCAUGCCUGACUUUUGAAAGCGCACACAAUGCUAAUUAAUAUUUCACCAGUGCUUGUCACAUUUCUCAUUGGCAGUUAUACAGUUUGGAUUUGUCACUUUGUUUGUGGCCUCGUUCCCACUGGCUCCCCUUCUGGCACUUAUGAACAAUUUACUGGAAAUACGUAUAGACGCCUGGAAGAUUACCACACAGUUCAGGCGCAUAGUUCCUCAGAAAGCUCAGGACAUAGGAGCAUGGCAGCCCAUCAUGCAAGGAAUAGCUCUUCUUGCUGUGGUGACCAAUGUAAGUACAGUCUUUAAGUAGUGACAAUUUGGGAUCUGAAAUGCCGAACAGUUAUUUCCCAUGGGGAAGUGUUCUUCAAUCAGUUGUAAUGUCCGUUCUCCACAUUCGCACCUUUGAACAGUAUGAAAUUGUUGACAUGUUAGAUGUUCUCCAUUUCCUUGAGGAAUGAGAAGUCCAGCGACAGUGGUACCAAUGGUUGGUUGGUUGGUUUUUUAUGAGAUACCAAUUAAGACUCAUGAUGUCUUUGUGAUAUCUGUUUGUAUACAAGCUGACCAUCUUGGGUUGUACUUUAAUGUGCAUUCUAUUUUGUUCUUAUUUUGUAUUGCGCUUUAAAUUGUUAUGACCCAUUGCAAGACAAUGCGUGAUGACAGCUGGUAUAUAAAUAUUAUAAAUUAAAUAAGCAUAUUCCCUUUGCUUUCUCUUUCUCCCUUUGAGGACAGGGUCAACAAACCCUACUGCAAUGAAUUUUGCUAAGGCUCUGCGGUAGGAGUUUCCACUCAGUUAAACUGGCUGGUGCCAGGUUUAGUGUCCAAAAUUAACUGCUAGCUGUCACCAUGCUAGAGGCAUUCCCCUUUCUCUUUUACACAGAAGGAGGGAAUGCAUCUUCUGAGAUGCCUCUGGCAACACUAACUAGUAAGUCACUUAAAAAGAAAUCUUGUGUGGUGGUUUUUCUCCUGAGUCGACGUUUUCUUCAUCUAAAAAGUUCAAUUGUUUUCAAAUGGAUUCAGGUGGUUUAAUCAUAGAACAGCCAAAUAAUUAUUGCCACCUAAGUUUUACUCAGAACUGCCUAAUUGAAAUUAAUGGAUCAAAGUUUGCCAUUGCUAUUAAUUUCAAGUGGGUCUACUCUCGAGUAGAACUAGCACGGAAUGCAACCCUUAGUAAUAAUAUCCACUGGAAAUGCACAGUGGCCCAGGAAGCCUGACUGUCAUAACCGCAGCAGAGGCUUUCUAAAAUAAAAAAAUUAAAAUCCCCAAAAUAGUUGAUGCCAUGCUUCUUUUACAGCAAGUUCCAUUUCUUUCCACUUUAUGGAUUACUCUGCAAAACUGGCAGAACUUUAAGUGGAUAUUGUACAAAGCUACCUUGGCACUUAUGAGUUCAUGCAGCAGAGCUGACAUUGCUAUAUUCAGUUGCGAAGCAUAAGCCCAGUUUUCAUUUGUUCUGGGGUAAUAGGAAAAGUGAUCACGUCUUGGAACAUUGAAAUCAGAAAUUUUUUUAGUGUGAUCCUCUUAAAAAAAAAACAACCAGCCUACAAAUGGUGGGGGGGGGAUUUAUUUUUACAGAGUAUCUAGAAGAAUAUAUUCUCCUGUGUAUGUCAUCACUGCUAUUGUACAUCUGGAAAUCAUUUGAAAGAGGUGAAAGUUUAUGUGGGAAGAAUACUGGAGCGGGGGAGGAGAGAGAAAGACAGCGUAAAGAGCAAAUAAGUUACACUGAAUUCCAAAUAACAUUUCGCAAUAACUCCAUGUUCUUAUACAUAGGAAAAGUGGGAAGCGGGGGCAGUAUUAGAAAGGUAUAAUAUUGUGAUCACUCAGAGGGUGUUCCCUACUAGCAUGCAUAAACCUGAUUCUUAUAAUCAUUUCUGCAAAGCCACCAGGGUAUUAUAUCCGCAGUUUAUUGCAUGCAUUGUGUGGUCGUCUGUCAGGGAAAAGCUGCUUAUGUUUUAUCCCACCCUCUCACCAGGGACACAGACCAUUGCACAUAGGCUGUUGUGGGUACGAUCAUAAUGGAAACAGGAAGGGAGUUGAGAUUUUUUGCCAGCCAGAAACUGGAGAGAUCUGGAUGUGUUGCACUUCUGUUUUGUACAAUAAUAUAUUUCCCAUUUCCAGACAGAUACAGAUACACACACACUCUCUCUCUUUGUAUAAAAUUCUACCUAGAUGCAGUUAAAUCUUGCCCAUUUCCCUCUCUUUUCAAAUGCAGGCAAUGAUAAUUGCUUUUACGUCCGAUAUGAUUCCACGCCUGGUGUAUUACUGGUCAUUUUCCGUUCCUCCCUAUGGAAGUCAGAGCACUUACUCCAUGAAGGGGUACAUAAACAACACACUUUCCGUCUUUGCUGUGUCAGACUUCAGAAACGAAAGCAAGCCAGCCGCUCUUCCCAUAUUUGCCAACCAGACAACAUGCAGGCAAGUCUAUUUUCCCAUUUAAAAUAGCAUAUAUAUAAAGCCACAAACCCAGAAGUCAGUGUUCCGGUUUGCAAAUGUUCUUUGGAACCUGAACGUCUGAUGUGGCUUCGCGGCUUCCAAUUGGCAAUCAGAAGCAGUGCCUUGGUUUCCGAACAUUUUGGAAGUUGAGCGGACUUCUGGAACGACGAUUCUGUUCAACUUCCAAGGUCUGACUGUAUAUACUCUCUUUCUCUCUCUCUCAUACAGACGUGUCUUCACUUAUACUUUACCUCUCAGCAUUGUAAAGUAGUAGUAAACAAUGGUAAAAAAGGGAAGAUUAAAAAAAAAAAAGAUUGUUUAGUGACGACAAAAUAAUGCAUUUCUGUAGAUGUGAUUUAUCUGCAUUUUGUUCUCAUUGUGGGACAGCUGCAUAUUCCUGCACUGCAGGGGGUUGGACUAGAUGAUCCUCAGGGUCCCUUCUGACUCUACAAUUCUACAGUUACAUUCUGCUUAACUUGUGUGUCACCUUAUCAGGAGAAUGGGAUGGAUUUUGCUCCCCCUUCUGGCCUGAGUGCCAUAUUGCAGAGUCUGCUGAAAUGAUUGCUUCAUUGUCUUUGACUGUUAGGUACCGGGAUUUCCGAUACCCCCCUGGGCACGAACAUCAAUAUGAACACAAUAUCUAUUACUGGCAUGUUAUUGCAGCCAAGCUCUCAUUCAUCAUUGUCAUGGAGGUCAGUAUAUUUCCUUCUAAAAGGAGUUUCUUCAUCAUUUUGUAUUAAAAACCAUGUCAGCAUCUGUCUUCCAUUCCUUCACCCUAAAGUUGCAGCAGUGCCCUUUGUAUACCUUGAGGAAGCCCAUCCCAGCCAUGCAAUGGGGUGAAAAUUUCUCAGGCAUGUUUUUCAGAAUUUUCCUGGUGCGAUCCUCAUGAAAACCAAUAAAUUUGGGUGGGGGAGUUGAGGGGGGUGGGGAAUCAGCAAACAGAUUUUUCUGAUCUCAAUGGAAACAAAACUUGCCAUGCAGUUUUGGUGCAGCCUGCCUCAAUGGCAUACAUUUUGGAAGAAAAACAUAUGAAAAUUGUGCAAAAUGAAAUCCUCAUGAAUGUCCUCCAUCUAAAGCAAGUUUAAACAAAAGCUACCAGUUCUUCCCUUUCUCCUCUUCGGUGGAGGGUGGAGAAAUACUGAGCAGAUCUUGAAUACUAUUUUGGGGAGGGGGGUGUUUUUGUUUUUAACUGCCUUUCUGGAGACUGAGAUGGGGGGGAAACAAAAAGGCAAAAAGUUUGUGAAUGCAUUUUAAAAAAUUAUGUUAUUAGUAGCUGUUUUUUAACUCUGCCUGUAAGGAUAUUAAACUCCACUAAGAUCUCUGCCUGCUACCCUAGUUGGGAGUGAAAAGUAAAGCCUGCAAAAAAAGAAAAAGAAAAAAAGGGCCAUUGCACAAAAACCCUGAUUUUCGCCUUCACUUGGUUAACUACAGUGGUACCUCGGGUUAAGAACUUAAUUCGUUCCGGAGGUCCGUACUUAACCUGAAACUGUUCUUAACCUGAAGCACCACUUUAGCUAAUGGGGCUGCUGUGCCGUCGCCAAACCACCAGAGCACGAUUUCUGUUCUCAUCCUGAAGCAAAGUUCUUAACCCGAGGUACUAUUUCUGGGUUAGCGGAGUCUGUAACCUGAAGCGUAUGUAACCUGAAGUGUAUGUAACCCGAGAUACCACUGUAUUUAUUUUUUUAAAGACGUUUGUGUAUUGCUUAAUUAUUCACACUUCUAAGCAGUGUCCUUUUACAUCAAAACAACCCACAGGAAAUGGGACAACGAAGCAAUAAAUGUUUAUCACAAAACUGGACUACCUCAAAGUUCCGGCUGGAACAAGAAAGUCUGAUUCAGGCACCUGAAGUUUCGCAAUAAUAAUUUUAUAAUAGUAAUAAUUUUAUUAUUUAUACCCUGCUCUUCUGUCUGCAAGGAAGGGGCCUGUCUAAUCUCGGUUGGGAUGGAAUCCCACAGCCUUGGGCCCACAACACUGAAUGCGCAGGAUGGCAGCGAUGGUGCAAAACAUAAAAUACAUUCAAACUUUCAGCUGGGGGAAACACUGGUUCUUUACAAAGGGGGUAACUGGGCAGCUAGGAAGCUGCUGUCCCCCCAGAGUCUGUCCCCAGGGAGGACUCCAAUGAGGGUCCUUCUCUGUCCAUAUUGCGCAAACAGUGCCUAGCUCUGUGGUCUCUGUGGUAGGUAGCACAUUGGGAUGGCACAGAUAAACAGCUGCAUGGCUGGCGCUUUCCUAGCAGGGAGCGGAGAGAGAAAUAAAUUGCCACCUGGGCAUGCUCUCAGAAACUCUCUUAGCAACCAGCAGGAAACCUUAAAGAAACAUUUCCCCUUGCCGUGCAUUAGAGGUUGUUUCUUUGCAUCUCCAGAUUAGAUCGAUCCCUUGAAAUGAACGUGAAUGUGCAGAUCCUCAUGUGUCUGUUAUCUGAGUGCACAUAGGUCAUAUCUGCACUAUGAAUUUAAAGUGCUAUUGUAUCAUUUUAAACAGUAAUGGCUUCCUCCCCCCAAAACAAUCCUGGGAACUGCAGUUUAUUAAGGGUGCUGUGAAAUGUUGGGAGACCUCUAUUGCCCUGCCACAGUUGCCAGAGUGGUAUAACAAUCAGUCUCCUUUCCCGGGGAAUUCUGGGAAUUGCGGUUCUGUGAAGGGAAUAAGAGUCACCUAACUUGACAAUUCUCAGCACCCUUAAGAAACUGCAAUACCCAGAAUUCUUUGGGGGAAGCCGUGACAGUUAAAGUGGUGUAAGGUAAAGGUAAAGGGACCCCUGACCAUUAUGUCCAGUCAAGACCAACUCUGGGGUUGCAGCGCUCAUCUUGCUUUAUUGGCCGAGGGAGCCGGCGUACAGCUUCUGGGUCAUGUGGCCAGCAUGACUAAGCUGCUUCUGGCAAACCAGAGCAGCGCACGGAAACGCCGUUUAUCUUCCCGCCGGAGUGGUACCUAUUUAUCUACUUGCACUUUGACGUGCUUUCGAACUGCUAGGUUGGCAGGAGCAGGGACUGAGCAAUGGGAGCUCACCCCGUCGUGGGGUUUCGAACCGUCGACCUUCUGAUCCGCGAGUCUUAGGCUCUGUGGUUUAACCCACAGCGCCACCCGCGUCCCCCGUGGUGUAGCAGCACUUUAAUUGUGGUGUAGCCGUGGUGUAGCUGUGCUUUAAAUGUGUUUUGCCUAUGUGGCCUACAGACUUCCAGAUUGCGGCAAGAGUCAAUAACAGGGCAAUAUUACUGUCUUUUAUAAUGGUUGUAUAUUCUGAGUAGCUGACUCUGUUUGUGUUCCCUUCCCCUCCCCCAUCCAGCAUAUCAUCUACUUGGUGACAUUUGCUAUUUCACACAUAAUUCCCGAUGUGUCAAAGAAAACCAAAAGCAAAAUUAAACGGGAGAAGUAUCUAAUACAGACACUCCUGCAUGAGAAUCCUGUGAAAGCUAUGAAGAAAAAUAUGGGGAGCAUCGCCGACAAAAUAUUAAAAGGCGCAGACGGCACUUUCCGGCCUAAAACUGAAUAGAGACAUGACAGCCUGACAGUGCCUAACCAGUGGUGUGUGAAUCUUUCUACCAAAACAAACAAACAAAGGGAUUGGACCAAAGACUUGGACCAAAGAACGUAAUUGCAAAGGAAGAAGUGAAUGCUCGUAAACAGAAUGGACAAGCAUUUCACCGUGGUUUUUGUUGGCUGUUAUAAAGGGGCUGUCCUAAUCUAGACUUUUGUGGUGUGCCUUCCAGCUGUAUGCCAUUUGAAACCAAACCUCAGAAACCAAACCACUUGUCUUAAGAGUGACACGGCUUAUUCGGACCAGUUUUUAAUACUUUGAUUGCGUUCUCCAGCUUUAUCAAACUGGGUAGAAAUGGACACUGUGGCAAGGAGGGGAAACAGGGCUGCGUACGCUGGCCUCAGCCUCGAGACCCCUCCGCUCAAAUGUACAGUCUGCACAAAAUGAAUUUAAGCAAAAUGACAAUCCAAAGGUAAGGGGGGAAACCACUCUUGUGUUCCAUAAAGCCUUAAGAGAUAUGUAUACUGAAGGGAACGCAGUAAUGUUCAGCCAGGAAUGGCCAGUGCAGUGGGGCAGCGACAUGCCCCAGCUCCCCUGACAGCAGUGUUGCUACUGCUCUAUGGGGCAGUGCAGGGCUGGGGCUGGGUGGCAGUGACGUGAAGGCAGCAGUAGAGCAAAUCCAGUGUCUCCUUCCUGCAUAGGCCCAACCUGACUGCCAUGCUGCCCCAUCCCAUUAAGGAGCAGCAGAACCACUGCUGUACAAUCAGCCACCUGGCCUUGCUGCCCUGCACUGGCUGCUCCUGCGUUCAGCAUAAUAUGAAGGGAUUUGCAUCCCAGUCAGAGCCGUACUGCCACUGGCACCUCCGCUGAUCAGAAGAGCCACAGAAGAGUGGACACUUCAGACCUGCCUCCGUUUUUGCUCUGUGCUCUCUAAUUUUCCACCUCUCAUUUCAACCUGAAUGUCCCUAGAAGUCUCUGGCAAGUAGUUCACAGUGCUAGCAGACAUUACUGUUUUGCUUCAUGGAUCUAUAGCCAUUCUUCUGUUUCAUUGGAAUCCCAAGCUCAUGUUGAUUUCUGGAGAAUGUUUGAGUGUUCAUCUGCCAUCUUAAACUAUUGAGCUUCAAAAUGCAGAGUGGAAGAUCUUGCACUGGUUUGUAGUUCAGACUAUGGACAUGUCAGGCCUGAUCAAUAUAAAGGCACCACCAAGAAAUAUUAAAUGGGAUGGAGAAAGCCUUUUCAGUCAUUCAGAAUGUUGAACAAAUAUUCAAGCCCAGCUUCCAGACCAGGGGUCAUCAAACUUUUUCAGCAGGGGGCUGGCCCCUGUCCCUCAGACCUUGUGGGUGCCAGACUAUAUUUUGGGGGGGAAAUAAUGAACAAAUUCCUAUGCCCCACAAAUAACCCAGAGAUGCAUUUUAAAUAAAAGGGCACAUUCUACUCAUGUAAAAACGCACUGAUUCCUGGACCGUCCGCAGGCCGAAUUUAGAAGGCAGUUGGGCCGGAUCUGGCCCCCGGGCCUUAGUUUGCCUACCCAUGUUCCAGACCAUGAGAGCAUUGUGCCUGUUGAUCCAAUACACAAACACUAACCCCUCACUUUGCUUAAGUGAACAUAAAGAUGGAUAUGCAACCACAUAGAAGAAGAGAUAUCUCCAUGUGGCUGUGUAUAUAAUAACUUGAUUCAGGUAGGUGUGGGGUGAGUGUGUGUAUCUACAUAAGCAUGUGUGAAUUCUGAGUUGGCCUAAUACAUUUUGCUGCUUGAGGUGAAGGACGAAAUGGUACACCCACGUAUUCUGUGUGCUGAAGGUGACCAGACUGGCAGUAAAAGUACAUGACACACACAACUCUAUCCUCCAACAUUUCACCACUGAGCCUCACCCUCAUAAUCUGCCACCUGAGGCAGCUGCCUCCUUGGGCCUAAUGGUAGAGCUAGCCCUGAUGCUAAAGAGGUCAAUGAAGACAAUAGUCUGAUGUGUAACUUGUGUCACCAGCAAAGGAAUAUUUAGAAUGGGGUGCAGCUUAUAGCGCUUUAUCACCAGGGGUGCUAACUUGAAUAAAAUUCUUGGGGGUGUGUGGAGAUAAUCCCUGCCCCACAAAAUUGAUCACAAGAUGUGGUGCACGCACUCCAUUUGAAUGGCAAUGCCCAUCAACUGGGGAGGAGCUCAAAUAUUUUAUGGGGGGGACGGGACAAAGGGACCUCAGCCCCUAGGAGUUGGCUCCUAUGUUUAUCACUGUUUCAGGAACAACUGGCUGGUAUUGUAGGGAGUACAUUGGCUGACAGAGCAUUGAAAGUCUUUGUACCAAUUGAUUUUGCAAAGAUUUUGAUUGAUCUAAUAAAGAUUACAAUAGAGGUACAAUCAGUUUAGAAUAUUUGACAGUAAUGACUACUUUAUUAAGUGGUUUUUCCAAGAAUAGAAGGAUGUGUUGAUGAUGGUGAAGUGUGCUGUGAAACUCUGACCACUGACAACCUGUUCUGACAUUCGAAUUAAGAGACUUACUCAAAAGAUCUAUUGUUUCACUGUGUUAAUUGUGUAUCAGCUAUGAGGCAAUGGGGCUAACUUUACAUUUAAUAUGUAUUAGGGGAGCCAUAAGUGUUACUUAUAUAUGAUUAUAUAUUAUGAAUACAGAGUUGCAGUUUUGAGUAAUUGAUUUUGUUUUAAUCAUGGUAACAGAAAAGAAUAUUGAUGUAAUGCUUGUAUGUCGAUAAUCUUCUGUAUUGCUGCUUCAUUUUAUCUCCCAUCAAUGCAACUUGACAUAUUUGUUAUGUUGUAUAAUAUGCGCACACACCAUAAUGAAUAUGUUCUACAGAUACCUCCAAUGAGGCCUGAUGCAAUCUUAUGCUCAAAAGUACAUUGCACUGUGUUCAGUGGGUCUUUUUCCUCAGAGAGCAACUGGGGCUGCAAUCACAUGCACAUUUACUGGGAAUAAGAUUCACUGAAUACAACACAGCUUAUUUCUAGUAUGCAUGGGUAGAACUGUGAUGAGAAUAUAUAGCUUUUUUCAGAUAGGGUAUCAACAAAGAAAAAAUAGAUAUCCAUCCCAGGUUCAAAUCCUGAACUGAAAUGACAGUUUCUAGUAUCCCAUUUCAUGCCUUAUCUGUCUCUUAUUUUUUCCUAUUUGCAGACUACUUUACCUACCCAAAAUUCUGGAUCAAACCAAGUGUUAUGCAGAGACUAACCAUGAGGCAUGAUAAUUAAAAUUUCUACACUAUAAUGCAUAUAUUUUGGCUGAUGUCCAGUGCUAAUUAUACUCAUGUUACUCUUGUCCAUUAAUUUCAAUGGGUCUACUCUGGGUAUGUCUUGGAUCCCACCCUUUAUUUGUACACCCUCUUUACAUAGAUUUUAAAAUUUCUGUUUCAUCUAUUCUGAAAACUGAAGUCAUCAUUUGAGUUCAUAGAUUUCAGGCUAAAAUUUUACAUUCAGCUCAAAUAACUAGAGGUUCGUGUCUCAAGAUUUGGUUGCUGCUCAAAUUGGUGUUUGUUUGAAUUGAUAUGAAAGACUUCCUGUGCUGUUGGCUCUGUGAUAGGUAUUUACUGCAUGCAAGGCAUCACAUGAUAAUAUUAUCGUCAUCAGGUGAUGAGCACACAUAUGGAGAUUCACCCUUUCUUCAGGCAUAUUGCCUGACAUGGAAAUCACUCUUCCCUGAGCAGCAUUUUUACCAUCCUGUAAUAGUUUAUCCAUAAGUUUCCCAUAAUACAUACGAGUUCUUCUCCCCUUCCUAGGAUUAACUCAAUUAUGGUAGUCUUUAUCUACAAUAUUAUAUCUAGUGCAUGAACCGUGGGUCAGGAUUCCCAAAAGAUGCAUGAACAAAAGGGGUGUGAGCUUUGACCAGAAAUCUACAGUCCUGCUUUUUGAAUCUAGAUUUAUUGAUCUGAACCAUCCUGCUCUUUAUCUUGAACUUUUUCUGCAGUCCCCUGCAUACUUACCUGGGAGUGAAUCCCAUUUAACUCAAUGGAUCCUUACUUAAACCCAUAUAAGAUUGCUCUGUCGGACAAUUAAAAAAAAAAAAAAACUUAGGUAGGCCCGAUAAUGAUGUUAAUGGGAAAAAAAUGUUUUUCUAAUUACAUCACUGCUGCACAAUAAUUUUUAAAUUGGAGGUUAUAAAGACGAGCGACCAGUAAGUGGUAUUAUACACUUUACAGAGCUUCUAUGCACCAGAUUAAAAAGCCAACAAGACUUUUGGUACAUGACCUAAAGAAAUUAGAAAGAGUUUACGCAGGAAUAAAGUUUGGAAGAUUGUUUUGCGGAUUAUUACUUUCAUUAGUUAUAUAUUGGCUUUGGCUAUAACCGUAAUACAAGCUGUUUUGUCAACAACAGACAGUAACUGUGAUAGCGAUAAGUCCCAGGCGUCUCACAGCAAGAAGUGCUGGACCAGCAUUUGGGGGGAUCAAGCUGUGAAUGAAUAUUUCAGAGGAUUCCCCUGGCUUAAUAGUAUUUACUAAGAACAUGUUCUCCGUACUUUUUCUGGUAAUAUUGACUAUUAUGUUCUGAACUGAUUUUUUUCCUCUUCUUUUUAUUUAUUAUCAUUGUAAUAAAGUUGAUUUUAUAAUGUAACAUUCUUAAUACUGGCCUUUUUUAAAAAAAAAACACCCGACUGCAACACUGAAUAAUCUACCGAUAAGUGUUAUUGAGAGGGUGUUUAUUUAUGACUUUUGCCAGACUGUAAGUUUUCAAUUAUGCGAAACAUUGAACACAUAGUUCUACAUACAAAUGAAUGCAAUUUUCUUGAAAUAAACAUAAAGUCUAUAAAUG